AUGAUGAGCAUGGAAGAAGGGCGAGAGAGAGAGAGACGAGAGAGGGAGAGUGAGAGAGCAGCAGAGAGAGGAGACGCAGCGUAUGAGACGAGACGUACGAGAGAGGUAGUACUGCGUACUGACGUGAGCAUCGUAAAAGAAGCGAACGAGAGUGAAAGACGAUAUUAAGAGAGAGGGUUUAGAUGCUAGAGUCAGAUGGAGCGAGUGAGGAGAACACGAGCACGAAAUCGAGAGAUAACAUCCUCUGAACACAUCGUUCUGCAAAUUAGCUGUCUGUCUGUAUGUGAUUGCCUUUUGUCGCUAUUCUGAGUAGAUGGGGUAGGUUAUGUUGGGCAUUGAUGCGCAGGUCAGUGCUGUUUUCGAGUGCUACCUUCAAGUGUUGCAGAGCGUUUAGCGUAGAGCGAUCUGACGUGCACGGAGCGGUGGCUGUAGUCUGAGUGUAUCACAGUGUGCACGGUAGCAGAUCCUGUCUGAUGAGACUGAGCAGUGGUGUGUACUGAGCGUAUGUCCGACGCGUGUGAUGUGGGAGAGAGCGAGCUCGAAGGUAGUGUGUGGUCUCGAGCCUGCCCACGAGGAUACCAGGGCGCACUGCUGACAGCGGAGAAAGCGGCCAAUUGAUGCGAGAGCACGACGACUGACGUGUGGGGGAUUGGACGCUUAGAGAGAACCGAGAUGAGACUGACUCGAAAGUAGGAGGCAUGGAUUUAUGAUUAUCUAGUACAGUCGACGAUGUCCGUCAUGGAAGCAUGUAUCAGUGCUGCAUCCACACAGUAUCUGUGCUAGCGUAUCUACUGAUGUGCUGAGCAGAAGCCAGUAGAGCUGUCAUACGACCAGCUCAGCACCUCAGAAAUCAGUCUGCGAGGUGACGGUAAGAUAACUCUCCUGGCCUUGAAAUCUUGACUCAUCUAUCAGGCGAUACAGAUAUCAUACAGUGAUCUGCAGGCUGAUACAGGUGAAGUACAGACCACUCUCUACUGGUUAUACCACUGUCUAUCAUGGCUCAGAGGAACUGUGCAGGGUUGAUCGGUUCCAAGAAAACUCUCUGUUUGUAUGAGUAAACCUCUGAGAAUAACUAGAAUGCGAUUAAGUAUGAGUUACUUUAUGUCUCUUACGAGUUCAUUGAUGGUGCCCUCUACCUAGGUGUAAACCCUUCGUGAAAGAGGAUCUUGCUGACUUUAGUGUAGGUAAUGCGUAAUCUACUGUUCCUAUUUUUGAGAUAAAUACCAUGACCUUCAGUAAUUGUUUUUAAAAACUGGAACACAACUGUCCUCUCUGCCCUCCCUGCUUUUCAAACCCAGCAGGCUCAAUUAGUGAUCCCCCCCCCCUUUUUUUCCUCCUUUCCCCUCUCCUGAGCAGUGACUUCCCAGUUCACGUAGUAAAACAUCUUGUUUAUUCAAGCGCCAUAAAACCCCAACAUGCCCCCCCCACAGGGAGCAAUCUGCUUACUGGCUCAGCCACACAGUGUUGUAAUGUAAAGAAGGGAUGGGCUGUUGUGUGAGUAAUAAUAAUCAACUAAUAUGCCUUUUUAGCAGACGAUUUUCUAUCCAUAAGCGACUUUACAGUCAUGAGUGCAUAAAUUUUUUUGUGUCUGUAUGGUGGUCCCGGGGAUCGAACCCACUACCUUGGUGUUACAAGCGCAUAUGCCUUAUACCAGCUGAGCAAAGAGGACCACGGGAGCUGACUGGACUGACCGACCGACUGGCAGGCAGCCAGGCAGGAAAGACAGGUUAUGAAGGACAGACAGGCAUACAGACAGGACGGCAUACAGGACAGACAGGCAGACAGACAGACAAGCUAAGUUGCAGAACAGAGAUGUGUUCAGAUGAUGUAUUUGAUGGUUGGUUUUACAGCAGAGAGCAGAACCCGAUGAUAUAGGAUUGGUGGUGUUUAGAGCAGAGGCAGAAGAACCCUGAGGACCUCUCAAGCUGGGCCCUCUAUAGCUCUCUAUAUAGAGAGCGAGGGCGAGAUGAAUGAGAGAGAGAUAACGAGAGCCCCCCCGCCGAGAGAGCGAGCAGAGAGAGAGAAGGCGAGCGAGUGUGAGGAGAAGAGAGAGAGAGCGAGAGAGAAGAGAAGAGAAGAGAGAGAGAGAGAGAAGAGGAAGAGAGAGAGAGAGAGAGAGAGAGAGGAGAGAGAGAGGAGGAGCUACUCUCUAUAUAGCUCGAGAUCUUGUCUCUCUUUCUCUCGCUAUCUCUCUAUCUCCUCUCGAUAGAUAGAAGGAGAGAGAUGGGUGUAAGAGAGCUCGAUAUCGCGAAGAAGCGAGAGAGAUGAGAGAUAGUAGCGAGCGGAGCGCGACAGCAGAAAUGAGGCCGGCAGGAGCUCUCUAUGCGACGAGACGUCGCGCGCGCGAGCGCGCGCUCUCGCGGGUGCGCGAGAAUCAGAGCGCGCUCUCGGGCUCUCGCGCUCUGGGCGCAGCUGCGCAUCUCUCGCUCCUCUCGCGACUAAGCUACCAAUAUCCUGAAGGAAUCUCUCGCGCUCUCUUCUCUCUCUAGAUGAGCGUAUCUCUCAUCUUCUCUAGCUAUCGCUAUCUGUCUCUCUCUCUCUAUCUCUCUCUCUCUCCUCGAUAUCGAUAAAAAUUCAAUUCAUUCAAUUCAAUAGGACUUUGAAGAGGAACGACAAAAGGGAGGGAGAAAAGGCAGGAAGAAGGAGAAGAAAGGAGGACGAAGCAAAGAAGACAGGAACAACAGGACAGGGCAACCCGGGAAGGACGAAAGGCGCAGGAGUGCCCGAGAGUUUUGUUGGGGAAAAAACCAAGAGCAGAAGAUGAAAAGGGGGUUUAGAGAGGAGAAAAUAAAAUAAAAGAGGGGAAAAGGGUUUUUUUAAAACGCCCCUUUUUCCCCUUUUUCAAUAAAAUUAAGGGAAAUUUUUUUGUUUUUUUUCCCAAGGUUUCCUUUUUUUUCCCCGAUUUUCUCUACCCAUCUCUUCUUUCUUUUCUUUCUCUCUCUCUUCUCUUUUCCUCUCUUUAUCUAUCUCUCUCUCUCUCUCUCACCCCUCCCUUUUUAAUUUUACUGCAGGUUUUCCUCUCUCCCUUACUUUUCUUCCCCGCUCCUCUUGUCUUCUAUAUAUUUCCCCUUUUUUUUCUUCUUCUCUUUCUUCUUUUUCCUCAGCCCCCAUUACCCUGCAGGAUCUCUCUCUCCUUUCUCUUUUCUCUCCUCCCCUCUCUCUCUUUUCCCCCCCCCCUUUUUCUCUUCUUUCUCUCUUCUCUUCUUCUCUCUCCUCUCUCUCUCCCAAUAAAAUUCAAUUCAAUAGACUUUUAAAAUGGCAAGAAAAAUUCUACAGUAAAGUUACUAUAAAAAAAAUGGUGGGACCAACAGCAAUAAAAUAGAGAGGGAAAUGGGAUUACCAUUAACAGCAACUACAACAACAAUAUUAAUGAGAAUAACAACACAUUAAAGCAAUAGUAGUCGACCAAUCUCAACAUGACUGAGAAGACACAUUACAUGCUAUGAAAGCCAAAACAAAACAGGAAAUAUUAUUGACAUUACAUUACACUUUUCACUGGCUGUCCCUCAGGUUGUGGCAGGAGGACACAUAUUUGGCUGCCAAAAUUGCACAUUUUGGCUUUUCACCCAAUAAAUAUUUGAUUUUUUCUUCCUCUUUUAUGGUUUCAAAUUCUUUGUACUGAAUGAUACUUUUGGGAAAGAAAGAUUAUCUUAGGUCUGAGUAUUUGUCACAGUGUAAUAGGAAAUGCAGCUCUGUCUCUACCUCUCCCCGGGGGCAGAGUGAGCACAGCCUGUCCUCUCUGGGCAGCCAGGUUUGCCUGUGACGACCGGUCUCUAUAGCUAGACUGUGCUCACUGAGUCUGUACCUAGUCAGUGUUUUUCUCAGUUUUCUAUCAGUCACAGUGGUCAGAUAGUCUGCCACCAUGUACUGUCUGUUUAGAGCCAAAUAGUAUUGAAGUUUACUUUGAUUUUUUGUGGUGUCUUUUCAAUAGGUGAUAUAUUUUUCUUUUUGCUUUGUGAUGAUUUGGUUGGGCCAGAUUUUCUGAGUGCUGUCCUGAGGCUCUAUGAGGUUGGUUUUGGUUAGUGAACUGAGCCUCAGAACCAGCUGGCUGAGGGGACUCUUCUCUUGUUUCAUCUCUUGACAUAGUAGAGCUGUGUGAUGGAAUGUUUUGGGGUCACUUGUUUUUAGAUGGUUUGUAAAAUUGAUGGCUCUUUUUUCUAUUCGAAUAAGGAGGGGGUAUUGGCCCAAUUCUGCUCUACAUGCGUUAUUUUGAGUUUUUCUUUGCACUUGCAAUACAGUCUUGCAAAACUCUGCAUGCAGUAUUUCGAUUGGAUGUUUGUCCCAUUUGGUAUAUUCAGUAUUAGAGAGCGGACCCCAUACUUCGCUGCCAUAUAGAGCAAUUGGUUCUAUAACUGAUUGGAAAAUUUUGAGCCAGAUUCUAAUUGGAAUUUCGAUUUUAGUAUUCCUUUUAAUGGCAUAGAAUGCUCUUCUUGCUUUGUCUCUCAGCUCAUUCACAGCCAUGUGAAAGCUACCUGUGUUGCUGAUAUUUAGUCCUAGAUAUGUGUAAUUUUAGGUGUGUUCUAAUAGAACUGUGUCCAAAUAGAAUUUAUAUUUGUCAUCCUGAUUUCCUGACCUUUUUUGGAAUAUCAUUAUAUUAGUUUUUUUUAUUUUUUAGAACCUGUGCAGAUGAUCUAGAUGCUGCUGUAACCCCUCCUUAGUGGGAGACAGUAGCACCAGGUCAUCUGCGUACAGCAGACACUUGAUUUCAGUGUUGUGUAGGGUGAGACAAGGUGCUGCCGAUUCUUCUAAUGUUUUUGCCAAUUCGUUAAUGUAGAUGUUAAAUAGUGUAACCCUCUCUCUCUCUCUCUCUCUCUCUCUCUCUCUCUCUCUCUCUCUCUCUCUCUCUCUCUCUCUCUCUCUCUGUCUCUCUCUCUCUCUCUGUCUCUCUCUCUCUCGCUCUCUCUCUCUCUCUUUCACUCUUUCUCUCUGUCUCUCUCUCUCUCUCUCUCUCUCUCUCUCUCUCUCUCGCUCUCUUUCUCUCUCAGCUUCCCUUAUCCUGCUGGACCUUUCAAGCUGGACCUCUCUCGAGGAGGGAGAAGAACCUCCAUCUUCAGUAUUGUUUUGUAAAUAUAAAUCCUUUGUACAACCGGGAAAGGUAGGUCAUUGUUCAGGGUAUAAUGUUCCCUACAUAAUGAUACAAAACAUGACAUGUUCUCCUUGAAAUAGACAUAAGUUAUUCACAACAGGGAAAAUACAUAAGGAGAGUAGAUGUGUAUUGGCUACGGUCUGCCAACUGCCAGACAUUUUGAAUUGGCCUGGUCUUUCGUCAGCGCGACGUCCUUACAGCAGAGAGCAGAACCCUGCAGAUAUCUGAUUGGUGGUUUUACAGCAGAGAGCAGAACCCUGCUGAUAUCUGAUUGGUGGUUUUACAAGCAGAGAGCAGAACUCUGUUAUCAGAGAGCUGUAGCAGAGAGACUGAGGUGAACUCAGACCUUAGAGUGGCAAUCAGCAGUUGUUGCAUCCAUUUUUGGACUUAAAAAUGAAUGAUACUGCAUAUGCCCAUUGAUUCUUGAAGAAUAUAACUUAUAAAUGCCUCAUGAGCUUAUUUCAACUGUCGUACCUCAUCAGAACCCAAAAUAAAAGCUUGUUUUACUCCAAUGUUUCUCAACAAAAGUCAAUGUAAACAAAUAAUAUCCUCAAAACAUGGUUAAACCUAUAGUGUUGAUAUCAUGGAUGGUCAGUCCUUGCAUCCAUACCUGUGUCUUUGAAUUUGAGAGUGGUUACAUUUCUCCAGGCCCAUCCCCCCGCUUUUGACUGAAACAGUGGGGAGACAGCGUUGUUAUUGUAGGUCAGAACACUGGUCCUACAACUGUCGUACCUGAUGAGGUACGACAGUUGAAAUAAGCUCAUGAGGCAUUUAUAAGUUAUAUUCUUCAAGAAUCAAUGGGCAUAUGCAGUAUCAUUCAUUUUUAAGUCCAAAAAUGGAUGCAACAACUGCUGAUUGCCACUCUAAGGUCUGAGUUCACCUCAGUCUCUCUGCUACAGCUCUCUGAUAACAGAGUUCUGCUCUCUGCUGUAACCCUAACCCUAACCCUAACCCUAACUGCUGAUUGGUGCUUUAAGAAUAUGUUAAGAAAAAUUGUUAGCUUUGCUAGUAAGGUGCUAGGGGUCAAGCAGACAGGUCUGGAGGUCAUUUAUGAUAUAAAAAGCCCACAAGGUACGGAUGGAACCCAGACAUCCUCUUUACCAGCAGUUCAAGCUACUCCCCGUAGGGGAACAUUACAGGGUACCAAGCUACAUUACAGGGUACCAAACUACAUUACAGGGUACCAAACUACAUUACAGGGUACCAAGCUACAUUACAGGGUACCAAGCUACAUUACAGGGUACCAAGCUACAUUACAGGGUACCAGGGCAGAACAGAAAUAGGGCCAAACAAUCCUUUGCCCCAAGGCUCCUGACUGUAUAAACCACCAAUAGGACCAGUGGCCUGACCUACAGAUAACACUGUAGUUAAACCACCAGUAGGACCAGUGGCCUGACCUACAGAUAACACUGUAGUUAAACUACCAGUAGGACCAGUGUUCUGAACAACGGAUAACACUGUAGUUAAACCACCAGUAGGACCAGUGGCCUGACCUACAGAUAACACUGUAGUUAAACUACCAGUAGGACCAGUGUUCUGACCUACAGAUAACACUGUAGUUAAACUACCAAUAGGACCAGUGUUCUGACCUACAGAUAACACUGUAGUUAAACUACCAGUAGGACCAGUGGCCUGACCUACAGAUAACACUGUAGUUAAACUACCAGUAGGACCAGUGUUCUGACCUACAGAUAACACUGUAGUUAAACUACCAGUAGGACCAGUGUUCUGACCUACAGAUAACACUGUAGUUAAACUACCAGUAGGACCAGUGGCCUGACCUACAGAUAACACUGUAGUUAAACUACCAGUAGGACCAGUGUUCUGACCUACAGAUAACACUGUAGUUAAACUACCAGUAGGACCAGUGUUCUGACCUACAGAUAACACUGUAGUUAAACUACCAAUAGGACGAGUGCUCUGACCUACAGAUAACACUGUAGUUAUACCACCAGUAGGACCAGUGGCCUGACCUACAGAUAACACUGUAGUUAAACUACCAGUAGGACCAGUGGCCUGACCUACAGAUAACACUGUAGUUAAACCACCAGUAGGACCAGUGGCCUGACCUACAGAUAACACUUUAGUUAAACUACCAGUAGGACCAGUGGCCUGACCUACAGAUAACACUGUAGUUAAACUACCAGUAGGACCAGUGUUCUGAACAACGGAUAACACUGUAGUUAAACUACCAGUAGGACCAGUGGCCUGACCUACAGAUAACACUGUAGUUAAACUACCAGUAGGACCAGUGUUCUGAACAACGGAUAACACUGUAGUUAAACUACCAGUAGGACCAGUGCCCUGACCUACAGAUAACACUGUAGUUAAACUACCAGUAGGACCAGUGUUCUGACCUACAGAUAACACUGUAGUUAAACCACCAGUAGGACCAGUGGCCUGACCUACAGAUAACACUGUAGUUAAACCACCAGUAGGACCAGUGUUCUGACCUACAGAUAACACUGUAGUUAAACUACCAGUAGGACCAGUGUUCUGACCUACAGAUAACACUGUAGUUAAACUACCAGUAGGACCAGUGUUCUGACCUACAGAUAACACUGUAGUUAAACUACCAGUAGGACCAGUGUUCUGACCUACAGAUAACACUGUAGUUAAACUACCAGUAGGACGAGUGGCCUGACCUACAGAUAACACUGUAGUUAAACUACCAGUAGGACCAGUGGCCUGACCUACAGAUAACACUGUAGUUAAACUACCAGUAGGACCAGUGUUCUGACCUACAGAUAACACUGUAGUUAAACUACCAGUAGGACCAGUGGCCUGACCUACAGAUAACACUGUAGUUAAACUACCAGUAGGACCAGUGGCCUGACCUACAGAUAACACUGUAGUUAAACUACCAGUAGGACCAGUGGCCUGACCUACAUAUAACACUGUAGUUAAACCACCAGUAGGACCAGUGUUCUGACCUACAGAUAACACUGUAGUUAAACUACCAGUAGGACCAGUGUUCUGACCUACAGAUAACACUGUAGUUUAACCACCAGUAGGACCAGUGUUCUGACCUACAGAUAACACUGUAGUUAAACUACCAGUAGGACCAGUGGCCUGACCUACAGAUAACACUGUAGUUAAACUACCAGUAGGACCAGUGUUCUGACCUACAGAUAACACUGUAGUUAAACUACCAGUAGGACCAGUGGCCUGACCUACAGAUAACACUGUAGUUAAACUACCAGUAGGACCAGUGGCCUGACCUACAGAUAACACUGUAGUUAAACUACCAGUAGGACCAGUGGCCUGACCUACAGAUAACACUGUAGUUAAACUACCAGUAGGACCAGUGGCCUGACCUACAGAUAACACUGUAGUUAAACCACCAGUAGGACCAGUGGCCUGACCUACAGAUAACACUGUAGUUAAACUACCAGUAGGACCAGUGUUCUGACCUACAGAUAACACUGUAGUUUAACCACCAGUAGGACCAGUGUUCUGACCUACAGAUAACACUGUAGUUAAACUACCAGUAGGACCAGUGGCCUGACCUACAGAUAACACUGUAGUUAAACUACCAGUAGGACCAGUGUUCUGACCUACAGAUAACACUGUAGUUAAACUACCAGUAGGACCAGUGGCCUGACCUACAGAUAACACUGUAGUUAAACUACCAGUAGGACCAGUGGCCUGACCUACAGAUAACACUGUAGUUAAACUACCAGUAGGACCAGUGGCCUGACCUACAGAUAACACUGUAGUUAAACUACCAGUAGGACCAGUGUUCUGACCUACAGAUAAAACUGUAGUUAAACCACCAGUAGGACCAGUGUUCUGACCUACAGAUAACACUGUAGUUAAACUACCAGUAGGACCAGUGGCCUGACCUACAGAUAACACUGUAGUUAAACUACCAGUAGGACCAGUGGCCUGACCUACAGAUAACACUGUAGUUAAACCACCAGUAGGACCAGUGGCCUGACCUACAGAUAACACUGGAGUUAAAUUACCAGUAGGACCAGUGUUCUGACCUACAGAUAACACUGGAGUUAAACUACCAGUAGGACCAGUGUUCUGACCUACAGAUAACACUGUAGUUAAACUACCAGUAGGACCAGUGGCCUGACCUACAGAUAACACUGUAGUUAAACUACCAGUAGGACCAGUGUUCUGACCUACAGAUAACACUGUAGUUAAACCACCAGUAGGACCAGUGGCCUGACCUACAGAUAACACUGGAGUUAAAUUACCAGUAGGACCAGUGUUCUGACCUACAGAUAACACUGUAGUUAAACUACCAGUAGGACCAGUGUUCUGACCUACAGAUAACACUGGAGUUAAAUUACCAGUAGGACCAGUGUUCUGACCUACAGAUAACACUGUAGUUAAACCACCAGUAGGACCAGUGGCCUGACCUACAGAUAACACUGUAGUUAAACUACCAGUAGGACCAGUGGCCUGACCUACAGAUAACACUGUAGUUAAACUACCAGUAGGACCAGUGGCCUGACCUACAGAUAACACUGUAGUUAAACCACCAGUAGGACCAGUGUUCUGACCUACAGAUAACACUGUAGUUAAACUACCAGUAGGACCAGUGUUCUGACCUACAGAUAACACUGUAGUUUAACCACCAGUAGGACCAGUGUUCUGACCUACAGAUAACACUGUAGUUAAACUACCAGUAGGACCAGUGGCCUGACCUACAGAUAACACUGUAGUUAAACUACCAGUAGGACCAGUGUUCUGACCUACAGAUAAACUGUAGUUAAACUACCAGUAGGACCAGUGGCCUGACCUACAGAUAACACUGUAGUUAAACUACCAGUAGGACCAGUGGCCUGACCUACAGAUAACACUGUAGUUAAACUACCAGUAGGACCAGUGUUCUGACCUACAGAUAACACUGUAGUUAUACUACCAGUAGGACCAGUGUUCUGACCUACAGAUAACACUGUAGUUAAACUACCAGUAGGACCAGUGUUCUGACCUACAUAUAACACUGUAGUUAAACUACCAGUAGGACCAGUGUUCUGACCUACAGAUAACACUGUAGUUAAACUACCAGUAGGACCAGUGUUCUGACCUACAGAUAACACUGUAGUUAAACUACCAGUAGGACCAGUGUUCUGACCUACAGAUAACACUGUAGUUAAACCACCAGUAGGACCAGUGGCCUGACCUACAGAUAACACUGUAGUUAAACUACCAGUAGGACCAGUGGGCUGACCUACAGAUAACACUGUAGUUAAACUACCAGUAGGACCAGUGUUCUGACCUACAGAUAACACUGUAGUUAAACCACCAGUAGGACCAGUAGCCUGACCUACAGAUAACACUGUAGUUAAACUACCAGUAGGACCAGUGUUCUGAACAACGGAUAACACUGUAGUUAAACCACCAGUAGGACCAGUGGCCUGACCUACAGAUAACACUGUAGUUAAACUACCAGUAGGACCAGUGUUCUGACCUACAUAUAACACUGUAGUUAAACUACCAAUAGGACCAGUGUUCUGACCUACAGAUAACACUGUAGUUAAACUACCAGUAGGACCAGUGGCCUGACCUACAGAUAACACUGUAGUUAAACUACCAGUAGGACCAGUGUUCUGACCUACAGAUAACACUGUAGUUAAACUACCAGUAGGACCAGUGUUCUGACCUACAGAUAACACUGUAGUUAAACUACCAGUAGGACCAGUGGCCUGACCUACAGAUAACACUGUAGUUAAACUACCAGUAGGACCAGUGUUCUGACCUACAGAUAACACUGUAGUUAAACUACCAGUAGGACCAGUGUUCUGACCUACAGAUAACACUGUAGUUAAACUACCAAUAGGACGAGUGCUCUGACCUACAGAUAACACUGUAGUUAUACCACCAGUAGGACCAGUGGCCUGACCUACAGAUAACACUGUAGUUAAACUACCAGUAGGACCAGUGGCCUGACCUACAGAUAACACUGUAGUUAAACCACCAGUAGGACCAGUGGCCUGACCUACAGAUAACACUUUAGUUAAACUACCAGUAGGACCAGUGGCCUGACCUACAGAUAACACUGUAGUUAAACUACCAGUAGGACCAGUGUUCUGAACAACGGAUAACACUGUAGUUAAACUACCAGUAGGACCAGUGGCCUGACCUACAGAUAACACUGUAGUUAAACUACCAGUAGGACCAGUGUUCUGAACAACGGAUAACACUGUAGUUAAACUACCAGUAGGACCAGUGCCCUGACCUACAGAUAACACUGUAGUUAAACUACCAGUAGGACCAGUGUUCUGACCUACAGAUAACACUGUAGUUAAACCACCAGUAGGACCAGUGGCCUGACCUACAGAUAACACUGUAGUUAAACCACCAGUAGGACCAGUGUUCUGACCUACAGAUAACACUGUAGUUAAACUACCAGUAGGACCAGUGUUCUGACCUACAGAUAACACUGUAGUUAAACUACCAGUAGGACCAGUGUUCUGACCUACAGAUAACACUGUAGUUAAACUACCAGUAGGACCAGUGUUCUGACCUACAGAUAACACUGUAGUUAAACUACCAGUAGGACGAGUGGCCUGACCUACAGAUAACACUGUAGUUAAACUACCAGUAGGACCAGUGGCCUGACCUACAGAUAACACUGUAGUUAAACUACCAGUAGGACCAGUGUUCUGACCUACAGAUAACACUGUAGUUAAACUACCAGUAGGACCAGUGUUCUGACCUACAGAUAACACUGUAGUUAAACUACCAGUAGGACCAGUGGCCUGACCUACAAAUAACACUGUAGUUAUACUACCAGUAGGACCAGUGUUCUGACCUACAGAUAACACUGUAGUUAAACUACCAGUAGGACCAGUGUUCUGACCUACAGAUAACACUGUAGUUAAACUACCAGUAGGACCAGUGUUCUGACCUACAGAUAACACUGUAGUUAAACUACCAGUAGGACCAGUGUUCUGACCUACAGAUAACACUGUAGUUAAACUACCAGUAGGACCAGUGGCCUGACCUACAGAUAACACUGUAGUUAAACUACCAGUAGGACCAGUGUUCUGACCUACAGAUAACACUGUAGUUAAACCACCAGUAGGACCAGUGUUCUGACCUACAGAUAACACUGUAGUUAAACUACCAGUAGGACCAGUGGCCUGACCUACAGAUAACACUGUAGUUAAACUACCAGUAGGACCAGUGGCCUGACCUACAGAUAACACUGUAGUUAAACCACCAGUAGGACCAGUGGCCUGACCUACAGAUAACACUGGAGUUAAAUUACCAGUAGGACCAGUGUUCUGACCUACAGAUAACACUGGAGUUAAACUACCAGUAGGACCAGUGUUCUGACCUACAGAUAACACUGUAGUUAAACUACCAGUAGGACCAGUGGCCUGACCUACAGAUAACACUGUAGUUAAACUACCAGUAGGACCAGUGUUCUGACCUACAGAUAACACUGUAGUUAAACCACCAGUAGGACCAGUGGCCUGACCUACAGAUAACACUGGAGUUAAAUUACCAGUAGGACCAGUGUUCUGACCUACAGAUAACACUGUAGUUAAACUACCAGUAGGACCAGUGUUCUGACCUACAGAUAACACUGGAGUUAAAUUACCAGUAGGACCAGUGUUCUGACCUACAGAUAACACUGUAGUUAAACCACCAGUAGGACCAGUGGCCUGACCUACAGAUAACACUGUAGUUAAACUACCAGUAGGACCAGUGGCCUGACCUACAGAUAACACUGUAGUUAAACCACCAGUAGGACCAGUGUUCUGACCUACAGAUAACACUGUAGUUAAACUACCAGUAGGACCAGUGUUCUGACCUACAGAUAACACUGUAGUUUAACCACCAGUAGGACCAGUGUUCUGACCUACAGAUAACACUGUAGUUAAACUACCAGUAGGACCAGUGGCCUGACCUACAGAUAACACUGUAGUUAAACUACCAGUAGGACCAGUGUUCUGACCUACAGAUAACACUGUAGUUAAACUACCAGUAGGACCAGUGGCCUGACCUACAGAUAACACUGUAGUUAAACUACCAGUAGGACCAGUGGCCUGACCUACAGAUAACACUGUAGUUAAACUACCAGUAGGACCAGUGUUCUGACCUACAGAUAACACUGUAGUUAUACUACCAGUAGGACCAGUGUUCUGACCUACAGAUAACACUGUAGUUAAACUACCAGUAGGACCAGUGUUCUGACCUACAUAUAACACUGUAGUUAAACUACCAGUAGGACCAGUGUUCUGACCUACAGAUAACACUGUAGUUAAACUACCAGUAGGACCAGUGUUCUGACCUACAGAUAACACUGUAGUUAAACUACCAGUAGGACCAGUGUUCUGACCUACAGAUAACACUGUAGUUAAACCACCAGUAGGACCAGUGGCCUGACCUACAGAUAACACUGUAGUUAAACUACCAGUAGGACCAGUGGGCUGACCUACAGAUAACACUGUAGUUAAACUACCAGUAGGACCAGUGUUCUGACCUACAGAUAACACUGUAGUUAAACCACCAGUAGGACCAGUAGCCUGACCUACAGAUAACACUGUAGUUAAACUACCAGUAGGACCAGUGGGCUGACCUACAGAUAACACUGUAGUUAAACUACCAGUAGGACCAGUGUUCUGACCUACAGAUAACACUGUAGUUAAACUACCAGUAGGACCAGUGGGCUGACCUACAGAUAACACUGUAGUUAAACUACCAGUAGGACCAGUGGGCUGACCUACAGAUAACACUGUAGUUAAACUACCAGUAGGACCAGUGUUCUGACCUACAGAUAACACUGUAGUUAAACUACCAGUAGGACCAGUGGCCUGACCUACAGAUAACACUGUAGUUAAACUACCAGUAGGACCAGUGUUCUGACCUACAGAUAACACUGUAGUUAAACUACCAGUAGGACCAGUGGCCUGACCUACAGAUAACACUGUAGUUAAACUACCAGUAGGACCAGUGGCCUGACCUACAGAUAACACUGUAGUUAAACUACCAGUAGGACCAGUGUUCUGACCUACAGAUAACACUGUAGUUAUACUACCAGUAGGACCAGUGUUCUGACCUACAGAUAACACUGUAGUUAAACUACCAGUAGGACCAGUGUUAACUACAGAUAACACUGUAGUUAGUUCUGUCAGGUGUUUAACAUAGUUACUAACAUGAUGUCUGUCAGGUGUCCUAUAAGAGGCUAUAACAUUUUCUAAGUAAAUAGUGAUAAUACAGCUGUUUUUUUGGGGUCAACUACACGUCAAAUACUAUAAAACAAUUAAACCUAUUUCAGGUGCCUUUGUUUGAGCUUGGAGUUUGUAUCAGCUCAUUAGUUCCAUUGUACUGGACUAGGACUGGGAUCCCAGGAGCAUCUUCAGUGUUUUACAUGUGUAUUGAAAACCGGUCUGCUGUUUAUUGCCAACUGGCAGAGCAGUUCUGACCCAAUAACUGGUACUGACAGAACAGUUCUGGCCCAAUAGCUAGUACUGACAGAACAGUUCUGACCCAAUAACUCUUACUGUCAGAGCAGUUCUGACCCAAUAGCUGUUAUGCUAUUAUCUGCAGCAGGGAGGGUAAAAGCCAAUUUAUGCUUGAUCCGAAAAUGGGUUCAGAGGCUUCGUGUUGAUUGUGUGACACGGCGGAAUGCAGCGGACAAAUCAAGGACAAAUCAGAGGACAAAUCAAGGACAAAUCAGAGGACAAAUCAAGGACAAAUCAUGGACAAAAAAGGACAAAUCAAGGACAAAUCAAGGACAAAUCAAGCUCCGUACCACAUCGUUGUGCGCCUCUCAAGUGUUGUAACAAUGCGGAGGGCUGUUGGUGUUCUGUGGAAACUCUUCUCCUCAGAACUGACUGAACAUCAACAGAACAUUAUCAGAUUAGUAUCUGCUUCAAAAUCAACAGUUCAGCAUAAACAGCAAAGCUUUACGACAAACAAAGCUUAGAUAACACAUGUUUUGUAGGUUGCCAUCAAAGCAAACUACUCUGUAUUACUGUAAAUGUUCCUGGUUAUGCCCUAGUUUGGGAUUCCUGUCGUUGUUGAAAACCCCUCCAACUUUAUUUUCUUUCAUGUAGUGCGGAGGCCUACCUGAACUCUGUAAAAAUGUGUUUUAUUUUCUUCUCAUACUGUCUGUCUGUCUUCCUCUCUCUUUAUCUGUAUGUCUGUCUGUCCCAGACAUGGAUGUAGAGGAGUUUGACAACGUGACUCUGAGGGACAACAUGACCAACUGUCCGUCUAUCGAUGACUUUCGUAACCAGGUAACCAUAUCUGUCUGUCUGCCUGCCUGCCUGUCUGUCUUGCCCCUUUCGCCCCCGUCCGUCCGUCCAUGCGUCACGCAAAGGGCAGAUGCCCACUCAUUGAUAUGCUUCUAUACUAUGGGAAAGCUGUGCAAUGAGAUUGAUUGGUUAGUGGUAUCUAACAGAAGCAGUGUGUUCAGGCAGUAAUUUACAGUGGUAACAGAGAGUAAUCGUGAUCCAAGUUGGCCUAUAUAAAAGACAGUACAGUAUUUAGAAUAGGGAUGUCGCCAAAUGACAUACAGAAUAUUAUUUCAUACAUAGAGAAAAUCAGACCUCUUUUAUUUGAAAAUGGAUGACCAUUCCUCAAGCAAAAUAUAUUUUCACAUGACCCUCCCUCUACCCAGAUUAAUCAUUAAAACACAAAGUAUUCACUGGGCACAGACUGGGCACAGACGUCAAUUCAACAUCAAUUCCACGUUGGUUCAACGUUAUGAAAUGACCAUUGGUGGAAAAAGUACCAAAUUGUCUUACUUUAGUAAAAGUAUAGAUACCUAAUAGAAAGUUACUCAAGUAAAAGUGAAAGUCACCCAGUAAAAAACUACUUGAGUAAAAGUCUAAAAGUAUUUGGUUAUAAAUAAACGUAAGUAUUAAAAGCAACUGUAAUUGCUCAAAUAUACUUAAGGAUCAAAAGUAAAAGUAUGAAUCAUUUCAAAUUCCUAAUAUUAAGCAAAACAGACGGCACCAUAUUCUUGUUUUUAAAGUUUACGCUUAGCUAGGGGCACAUUCCAACACUCAGACAUCAUUUUCAAAAGAUGCAUGUGUUUAGUGAGUUCACCAGAUCAAAGGCAGUAGGGAUGACCACGUGUUGUCUUGAUAAGUGCGUGAAUUGGGCCAUUUUCUUGUCCUGCUAAGAAUUCAAAAUGUAACGACCACUUUUGGGUGUCAGGUAAAAUGUUCAGAGUAAAAGGUUCAGAGUAAAAAGUACAUUAUUAUCUUUAGGAAUGUAUUAAAGUAAAAGUAAAAGUUGUCAAAAAUAUAAAUAGUAAAGUACAGUUACCCAAAACAACUACUUAAGUGGUCAUUUAAAGUAUUUUUACUUAUGUACUUUCCGCCACUGGAAAUCACAUGGAAACAAUGUUGUUUCAAUCAGUGUGUGCCCAGUGCAUAGAUAGCAGAGAACAUGCCUACCAUUUACCCUCACUCAGUCCUCUGUCAGAGCUGGCGUAGGUGUGGUGUGGGAAUCAGAUGCAGGAUGCAGAAGUAGUCCAAAAUACUUUAAUAGAGUCCACAGAAUGAACGGCUAUAAACAGAGCCGGAGGCACAAGAAAAAUAACGCACUCAGCGUAAUAAACAAACACGCACAAUAGUGCGGACUCUCUACAGAAAAAUGAGCACAAACUUGACAUGGAAACACCUGCUGACAAAGAACAACUACACACAACCACAAGACAGAAACAACGAGAACUUAAAGGACACAUAAUCAAGACAAAAUGAGAAACAGGUGUACCAAAACAGACCAAACCAAACGAACACAGAAACAACGAACGGUGGCAGCUAGUACUCCGGGGACGACGACCGCCGAAGCCUGCCCGAACAAGGAGAAGGAGCAGCCUCGGCAGAAACCGUGACAGUACCCCCCCCUUGACGCGCGGCCCCAGCCGUGCGCCGACCCCGGCCUCGGGGACGACCAGGAGUACGCGGAGCAGGGCGCGUGGGAUGACCACGAUGGAACUCAGUCAGAAGAGACGGGUCUAAGAUAUCUCUCCUCGGCACCCAGCACCGCUCCUCCGGACCGUACCCCUCCCACUCCACGAGAUAUUGGAGACCCCCCAUCCGGCGUCUCGAAUCCAGGAUGGACCGAACUGUGUACGCCGGAGCCCCCUCGAUGUCCAGCGGGGGCGGAGGAGUCUCUGCUAUCUCACAGUCCUGGAGUGGACCAGCUACCACCGGCCUGAGGAGAGACACAUGGAACGAGGGGUUAAUAUUCUUAUAAUCAAUAGGAAGUUGUAAUCUGUAACACACCUCGUUCAACCUCCUCAGGACUUUAAAAGGCCCCACAAACCGCUGACCCAGCUUCCGGCAGGGCAGGCGGAGGGGCAGGUGUCUGGUCGAGAGCCAGACUCGAUCUCCUGGUGCGUACACCGGUCCCUCACUGCGGUGGAGAUCGGCGCUCGCCUUGUGUCGACGGAUGGCCCGCUGCAGAUGUACGUGAGCAGCGUUCCAUGUCUCCUCCGAGCGCCGCACUCACUCAUCCACCGCAGGAGCCUCGAUCUGGCUCUGAUGCCAAGGUGCCAGAGCCGGCUGGUACCCUAGUACACAUUGGAAAGGAGUGAGUCUGGUGGAGGAGUGGCGAAGGGAGUUCUGGGCCAUCUCGGCCCAGAGAACAUACCUCGCCCACUCCUCCGGCCGGCCCUGGCAAUACGACCUCAGAAACCUACCCACAUCCUGGUUUACCCGUUCAACCUGCCCAUUGCUCUCCGGGUGGUACCCCGAGGUAAGGCUCACCGAGACCCCCAAGCGCUCCAUGAACGCUCUCCAGACUCGAGAGGUAAACUGGGGGCCUCGAUCAGACACUAUAUCCUCGGUUACCCCGUAAUGCCGGAAGACGUGAGUAAAUAGUGCCUCAGCGGUCUGUAGGGCAGUGGGGAGACCCGGCAUGGGAAGUAGACGACAGGCCUUCGAGAACCGAUCCACAACGACCAGGAUGGUGGUAUUUCCCUGGGAGGGGGGGAAGGUCAGUAACGAAAUCCACCGAGAGGUGAGACCAGGGUCGUUGUGGAACGGGCAGGGGUUGUAGCUUACCCCGGGGCAGGUGUCUGGGUGCCUUACACUGGGCACACACCGAGCAGGAGGAAACAUAAACCCUCACAUCCCUGGCUAACGUUGGCCACCAGUACUUAGUGCUAAGGCAGUGCACCGUCCGGUCAAUCCCUGGAUGUCCAGAGGAGGGUGACUUGUGAGCCCAAUAUAUAAGUCGAUCCCGAACAUCGAGCGGAACGUACGUCCGACCCACAGGACACUGUGGAGGGCUAGGAUCGGUACGCAACGCCCGCUCGAUUUCGGAAUCGACCUCCCACACCACCGGUGCCACCAGGCAAGACGGCGGGAGUAUGGGCGUGGGCUCAACGGACCUCUUCUCCGUGUCAUACCGCCGGGACAGGGCAUCUGCCUUACCGUUCUGGGACCCAGGGAUGUACGUGAUUUUAAAAACGAACCGGGCCAGAAACAUGUUCCACCUAGCCUGGCGAGGGUUCAGUCUCCUAGCUGCCCGGAUGUACUCCAGGUUUCGGUGGUCAGUCAAAAUGAGGAAAGGGUGUUGAGCCCCCUCAAGCCAAUGCCUCCACACCUUUAGGGCCUGGACCACGGCUAGCAACUCCCUGUCCCCCACGUCAUAAUUUCGCUCCGCCGGACUGAGCUUUUUAGAGUAAAAGGCACAGGGGCGGAGUUUCAGGGGCGUUCCAGACCGUUGCGAGAGCACGGCCCCUAUACCGGCCUCAGACGCGUCUACCUCGACCUGGAAUGGUAGCGCGGGAUCCGGAUGCGGCAGCACCGGCGCCGAGGUAAACAGGUCCUUCAGUCUCCCAAAAGCCCUAUCAGCCUCAGCAGACCACUGCAAGCGCACCGGACCUCCCCAGGGGCGGUGUGUUCAAUAGGGCGAUAUGGGUGACGCACUGCCAAACGGGAAAAGGAAGGGAUUUUUUUUCUAAUCAAUUAUAUCACGGCAACAGUAGUUAUCAUAUCAGUGUUCUAAUCUGAUCUGACUGCCACUAAAUGUCAAAUCAGGCUAAAGUCAUGCUUCAAAUGGCCCCGCCCGUUUUUGGGGCGAUUUCAGUCAAGUUGAAAAUCGCCCAGAAGUCUGUCAUAGACUCUGAUGUAAAAUCUAUUUUUUUCAAAUUUCAAAGCUUUCAAUACAAUCUCUAUGUGUUUCUGAGGGCUUGCACUUACGCGCUUUCGUCAUACGUGACGUAACCAUGAACGUAACUAAGAAAAUAGCGGCUAGCAGCGUCUCUGUUGCGACCUGCAGUGUGGCGUUAUCUUAUGUUUUUAAUUUGUACACUUAGUGGCGUUAUUUUAUGUUUUUAAUUUGUACACUUAGUUUACAAACAUUCUGCCAACCAUGGAUUUCCAGUGGUGGGUUUUGGACUGAUCUUGUUGAUCGUGUACAUACCCGCUACGAACGGACUAAAUAAUGAAAACGCUGCUGGCAGCGGAAUCCAAUACAGCUGGGAGACUUGGCUGGAUGACAGAGUCCCGGACAGAGAAGUGGAGCCGGCCGGCUUCACCCUGGUCAGAGCGGACCGCGAUCUGAGUCACAGGGAAAAUUGAUCCUGGUAAGAGAGCGACUCUGUACCCCCGACAUUGAACUGCUUUCUGUGUCACUGCGACCUUACUAUCUGCCCCGUGAGUUCCCCCAAUUGUUUGUUACCGUUGUGUACUGUUGAUAAUCACAAGUUUACUGGAGAACUGAGACCAAGUAGAGACUUUGGACAGGGUGGAUAUGGUAUAAUAAAGGCAGUUUAUUCAGAGGUAAAGAUAUCUGGAAUCGCGUGCACAGACUCGUUCGUCAAACUCUUAGGGAGCUAUCUGAAGAGAGCCCCGAAAACAUUGUGUGCAGACAUUUUAUACAAUAAAUGAUGUAGGUUGAAUCUAGUAGUUCUGAUCUUCUGAUUGGUCCUGAUGAGUUGGGCGAGGUCCCCUCCACUGUUGCAUUGGCUCUGAGUCGGGUUCUCUGUCUUCAAAUGUUCAGCCUAAAGAGAGGGGAUUUUUGUGUGUGUGUGUGUGUGUGUGUUUAACAGUGAUGAUGUGUGUGUGUGUGUGUGUUAUCAGUGAUGAUUUGUGUGUGUGUGUGUGUGUGUGUGUGUGUGUGUGUGUCCUCAGAGCAAGAACUCGUGAGUUGGAAGAACUGAGAGACCUAUGGCGUGGGUGUUGUCCUUGGCCACCUGCUGACAAGGCUGACAAGAUAGGACUCUUUUGUCCAUUGUUAUAGGAUAGGAACAGCAUUGAUUGAAAACAAACGCCCAACACAAAAUGGGUCAUGCACAAGAUUUUAGUCAGACCAAGCUAUAACAUUAUAUAUUUACUACGACAGUACAUUCAACCAAAAGCUAAUAUAACAAAGGCAUCAGAGAUUAUUUAUAAUCUGUCACAGAAACUGGAAUCCAUCUCCCCAGAUCAGUCAAUAAAUGCUUCUGGUAUUGACUUAUAUGCUGCCCCUGUCUUCAUGUUGUUGCUGGACAUAUAUUUUUUAAAAUGUGUGUAGGUCACCUAAAUCAUCAGAAAAAUUGCCCCUCCUGAGAAUUUUUUCAGGAGCCGCCACUGGACCUCCCUUUAGAAGAGACGUUAUGGGAGCUGCCACCUGUCCAAAACCCCGGAUAAACCUCCUGUAGUAAUUCGCAAAGCCCAAGAACCGCUGCACCUCUUUAACAGUGGUUGGAGUUUGCCAAUUACGCACGGCCGACACACGGUCAACCUCCAUCUUUACCCCUGACGCAGACAACUGAUAACCCAAAAAGGAGACAGACUCCUGGAAAAACAGACAUUUCUCUGCCUUGACAUAUAGGUCAUGCUCCAACAAUCUCCUCAACACUCGGCGCACCAGGGCUACAUGCUCGGCUCGGGUAGAAGAGUACACUAGAAUGUCGUCAAUAUACACUACUACACCCUGCCCAUGCAUAUCCCGGAAGAUCUCAUCUACGAAGGAUUGGAAGACUGAAGGAGCAUUCAUUAACCCGUAUGGCAUGACGAGAUACUCGUAAUGUCCCGAGGUGGUACUAAAUGCUGUCUUCCAUUCGUCUCCCUCCCUAAUACGCACCAAGUUAUAUGCGCUCCUGAGGUCCAAUUUUGUGAAGAACCGCGCCCCGUGUAAAGACUCCGUCAUAGUCGCAAUCAGAGGGAGUGGAUAACUGUAUUUCACAGUAAUCUGAUUGAGACUGCGGUAAUCAAUACACGGGCGCAAACCUCCAUCCUUUUUCUUCACAAAAAAGAAACUUGAGGACGCAGGGGAAGUGGAGGGCCGUAUGUAUCCCUGUCUCAGAGACUCGGCUAUGUAAGUCUCCAUAGCUCUCCUCUCCUCUUGAGACAAAGGAUACACAUGGCUCCGCGGAAGCGCAGCUUCUACCUGGAGGUCUAUCGCACAAUCCCCCUGUCUAUGUGGUGGCAAUUGCGUCGCCUUCGCCUUACUAAAUUCAAGUGCUAAAUCCUCAUACUCGGAGGGAAUGUGCAAUGCGGGCACUUGGUUUGGACUCUCCACAGAGGUCGCCCCUACGGAAACGCCCAGACAUCGCCCUACACACUGGGCAGACCACUCCUUAAGAGCCCUCUGUUGCCACGAAAUAGAGGGAUUAUGGGUAAUCAACCAGGGAAGCCCCAGCACCACCGGAUACGCAGGAGAGUCAAUAAGAUAUAGCUGUAUAGUCUCCUCAUGACCCUCCUGCGUCCCCAUCCUAAGUGGAGCUGUGACCUCCCUAAUCAACCCCGAUCCCAACGGACGGCUAUCUAGAGCAUGUACAGGGAAAGGAUUGUUGACAGGAAGGAGGGGAAUCCCUAACUCUGCACAAAAUCUCUGAUCUAUAAAAUUCCCAGCUGCGCCUGAAUCUACUAGCGCCUUAUGCUGGGAACGAGGUGCAACCUGUGGGAAGCAAACAGGUAUGGUUAGGUGCACAACAGAGAGCUCUGGGUAAGUGGGGCGCCUACUCACCUGGAAGGACUCCCCAGUGCGUGGCCUGCCGUCUCGUCCCCUAGGAGACCCCCCCCAGCACCUGGCCGCAGUGUGUCCUCCACGGCCACAGUUGGUACAGGGGUUGGUCCCCCUGGGGCUCCUUCUCCUCUCCUCUCUAGCGCCAGCACCCCCGAGCUCCAUAGGACUAGGCUCGGAGGUGCUGGAGGGUGGAAUGGACGACCCCCACUCAGGAUGUCCGCGGGUGGCCAGCAGGGUGUCUAGGCGAAUGGCCAUAUCCACCAACUGGUCAAACGUGAGGGUGGUGUCCCUGCAGGCCAACUCACGACGGACGUCCUCCCGUAGGCUGCAGCGGAAGUGGUCUUUGAGGGCCCGCUCAUUCCACCCUGCGUCUGCCGCUAGAGUCCGGAACUCCAGUGCAAACUCCUGGGCGCUCCUCUUCCCCUGUCGGAGGUAGAAUAGACGUUCUCCCGCCGCCUUCCCCUCAGGUGGAUGGUCGAAUACAGCCCUGAAGCGACGGGAGAACUCUGCAUAGGUGAUCGUCGCAGGGUCUAUUCUCCUCCAUUCGGCGUUGGCCCACUCCAACGCCUUGCCGGUGAGACAGGAGAUGAGGGCGGAAACGCUCUCGUGUCCCGAGGGCACCGGGUGUACGGUGGCGAGGUAGAAUCCAACUUGUAGGAGGAAACCUUGACACCCGGCAGCGGUACCAUCAUACGCCCUCGGGAGCGAGAGCCGAAUCCCACUGGGUUCCGGAGCGUGGACAAAGGGACUGACCGGUGCUGGUGGUAAUGUGGGAGGAGGUGUGGAUGCCCAACUGGUCUCCAGGCGAUGCAGGGUAUUCAUUACUCCCUGAAGAGCAUUGGUGAUUUGAGCUAUCCUGUCAUCCUGUCCGCGGACGCGCUCCUCCCAUGACUCGGUCGCUGCUGCUGCUCCUGCUGAUUCCAUGAGUGGUGUGUAGUUCUGUCAGAGCUGGCGUAGGUGUGGUGUUGGAAUCAGAUGCAGGAUGCAGAAGUAGUCCAAAAUACUUUAAUAGAGUCCACAGAAUGAACGGCUAUAAACAGAGCCGGAGGCACAAGAAAAAUAACGCACUCAGCGUAAUAAACAAACACGCACAAUAGUGCGGACUCUCUACAGAAAAAUGAGCACAAACUUGACAUGGAAACACCUGCUGACAAAGAACAACUACACACAACCACAAGACAGAAACAACGAGAACUUAAAGGACACAUAAUCAAGACAAAAUGAGAAACAAGUGUACCAAAACAGACCAAACCAAACGAACACAGAAACAACGAACGGUGGCAGCUAGUACUCCGGGGACAACGACCGCCGAAGCCUGCCCGAACAAGGAGAAGGAGCAGCCUCGGCAGAAACCGUGACAUCCUCAGGCAGACCAGAGCCAUAGAUAUGCAGUUUGGCAAACAGUAAUAAUAAUAAUAAAUACACAAUGAGUAACGAUAACUUGGCUAUAUACACGGGGUACAAAUACCGAGUCGAUGUGCUGGGGUAGGAGGUAAUUGAGGUAAAUACAUUAUGUACAGUGCAUUCGGAAAGUAUUCAGACUCCUUGACCUUUUCCACAUUUUGUUACGUUACAGCCUUAUUAUAAAAUUGAUUAAAUUGUUUUUUUUCCUCAUCAAUCUACACACAAUACCCCAUAACGACAAAGCAAAAUCAGGUUUUUAGAAAUGAUUGGAAAUGUAUAAAAAAAACUGAAAGAUCACAUUUAUAUAAGUAUUCAGACCCUUUACUCAGAACUUUGUUGAAGCACCUUUGGCAGCGAUUACAGCCUCAAGUCUUCUUGGGUAUAAUGCUACAAGCUUGGCACACCAAGCUCUGUCAGGUUGGAUGGGGAGCGUCGCUGCACAGCUAUAUUCAGGUCUCUCCAGAGAUGUUCGAUCGGGUUCAAGUCCGGGCUCUGGCUGGGCCACAUUCAGAGACUCAGAUUCAGAAACCACUCCUGCGUUGUCUUCGCUGUGUGCUUAGGGUCGUUGUCCUAUUGGAAGGUGAACCUUCGCCCCAGUCUCAGGCCCUGAGCACUCUGGAGCAGGUUUUCAUCAAGGAUCUCUCUGUUAUUUGCUCCGUUCAUCUUUCCGAUCCUGACUAGUCUCCCAGUCCCUGCCACUGAAAAACAUUCCCACAGCAUGAUGCUGCCACCACCAUGCUUCACCAUAGGGAUGGUGCAAGGUUUCCUCCAGAUGAGAUGCUUGGCAUUCAGGCCAAAGAGUUCAAUUUUGGUUUCAUCAGACCAGAGAAUCUUGUUUCUCAUGGUCUGAGAGUCCUUUAGGUGCCUUUUGGCAAACUCCAAGCAGGCUGUCAUGUGCCUUUUACUGAGGAGUGGCUUCCAUCUGGCCACUCGGCCAUAAAGGCCUGAUUGGUGGAGUGCUGCAGAAUUGGUUGUCCUUCUGGAAGGUUCUCCCAUCUCCACCGAGGAACUCUGGUGCUCUGUCAGAGUGACCAUCAGGUUCUUGGUCACCUCCCUGACCAAGGCCCUUUUCCCCCGAUUGCUCAGUUUGGCCGGGCGGCCAGCUCUAGGAAGAGUCUUGGUGGUUCCAAACUUCUUCCAUUUAAGAAUGAUGGAGGCCACUGUGUUCUUGGGGACUUUCAAUGCUGCAGAAAAGUUUUGGUACCCUUCCCCAGAUCUGUGCCUCAACACAAUCCUGUCUCGGAGCUCUACGGACAAUUCCUUCAACCUCAUGGCUUGGUUUUUGCUCUGAAAUGCACUGUCAACUGUGGAACCUUAUAUAGACAGGUGUGUACCUUUCCAAAUCAUGUCUAGUCAAUUGAAUUUACCACAGGUGGACUCCUAUCAAGUUGUAGAAACAUCUCAAGGAUGAUCAAUGGAACCAGGAUGCACCUGAGCUCAAUUUCGAGUCUCAUAGCAAACGGUCUGAAUACUUAUGUAAAUAAGGUAAAAAAUUAUUAUUAUUAUUAUUAUUUUUCGCUUUGUCAUUAUGGGGUAUUGUGUGCAGAUUGAUGAGUUAUUUUAUUUAUUUUUAAUCCAUUUUAGAAUAAGGCUGUAACGUAACAAAAUGUGGAAAAAGUCAAGGGGUCUGAAUACUUUCCGAAUGCACUGUAUAUACACUGAGUAUAACUAACAUUAGAAACACCUUCCUAAUAUUGAGUUGCACACCUCACCUCCCCCUUUGCCCUCAGAACAGCCUCAAUUCGUUGGGGCAUGGACUCUACAAGGUGUCGAAAGCGUUCCACAGGGAUGCUGGCCCAUGUUGAGUCCAAUGCUUCCCACAUUUGUAUCAAGUUGGCUGGAUGUUGUUUGGAUGGUGGAUCAUUCUUGAUACACAUAGGAAACUGCUGAGUGUGAAGAACCCAGCAGCAUUGCAGUUCUUGACACAAACCGGUGUGCCUGGCAUCUACUACUAUACCCUGUUCAAAGGGGCUUAAAUCUUGUCUUGCCCAUUCACCCUCUGAAUGGCACAUAUACACAAUCCAUGUCUCAAGGCUUAAAAAUCCUUCCUUAACCUGUCUCCUCCACUUCAUCUACACUGAUUGAAGUGGAUUUAACAGGUGAAAUCAAUAAGGGAUCAUAGCUUUCACCUGGAUUGACCAGGACCAUGGAAAGAGCAGGUGUUCUUAUUGUUUUGUAAACUCAGUGUAUAACUUGGAAUUUGUAUUUGUAUUUAUUAUGGAUCCCCCUCUUCCUGGGGUCCGGCAGGUAGAUCAGCUUUAAUAUUGCAGAUAGAUUGUAACUUCCAUCAAUGUAAUUGUCUGCAUCACUUCCAAUCCCCCAUAUGUUUUUUUUCUCGCAAAUAGAUACAGUAUAUGCAUAUAUUUAUAUAUAUAUGCACAUAUAUAUAUAUAUAUAUAUAUAAUAUAUAUAUAUAAAUAUAUAUAUACACAUACAUACAUACAGUGGGGAAAAAAAGUAUUUAGUCAGCCACCAAUUGUGCAAGUUCUCCCACUUAAAAAGAUGAGAGAGGCCUGUAAUUUUCAUCAUAGGUACACGUCAACUAUGACAGACAAAUUGAGAUUUUUUUUCUCCAGAAAAUCACAUUGUAGAAUUUUUAAUGAAUUUAUUUGCAAAUUAUGGUGGAAAAUAAGUAUUUGGUCACCUACAAACAAGCAAGAUUUCUGGCUCUCACAGGCCUGUAACUUCUUCUUUAAGAGGCUCCUCUGUCCUCCACUCGUUACCUGUAUUAAUGGCACCUGUUUGAACUUGUUAUCAGUAUAAAAGACACCUGUCCACAACCUCAAACAGUCACACUCCAAACUCCACUAUGGCCAAGACCAAAGAGCUGUCAAAGGACACCAGAAACAAAAUUGUAGACCUGCACCAGGCUGGGAAGACUGAAUCUGCAAUAGGUAAGCAGCUUGGUUUGAAGAAAUCAACUGUGGGAGCAAUUAUUAGGAAAUGGAAGACAUACAAGACCACUGAUAAUCUCCCUCGAUCUGGGGCUCCACGCAAGGUCUCACCCCGUGGGGUCAAAAUGAUCACAAGAACGGUGAGCAAAAAUCCCAGAACCACACGGGGGGACCUAGUGAAUGACCUGCAGAGAGCUGGGACCAAAGUAACAAAGCCUACCAUCAGUAACACACUACGCACCAGGGACUCAAAUCCUGCAGUGCCAGACGUGUCCCCCUGCUUAAGCCAGUACAUGUCCAGGCCCGUCUGAAGUUUGCUAGAGUGCAUUUGGAUGAUCCAGAAGAGGAUUGGGAGAAUGUCAUAUGGUCAGAUGAAACCAAAAUAUAACUUUUUGGUAAAAACUCAACUCGUCGUGUUUGGAGGACAAAGAAUGCUGAGUUGCAUCCAAAGAACACCAUACCUACUGUGAAGCAUGGGGGUGGAAACAUCAUGCUUUGGGGCUGUUUUUCUGCAAAGGGACCAGGACGACUGAUCCGUGUAAAGGAAAGAAUGAAUGGGGCCAUGUAUCGUGAGAUUUUGAGUGAAAACCUCCUUCCAUCAGCAAGGGCAUUGAAGAUGAAACGUGGCUGGGUCUUUCAGCAUGACAAUGAUCCCAAACACACCGCCCGGGCAACGAAGGAGUGGCUUCGUAAGAAGCAUUUCAAGGUCCUGGAGUGGCCUAGCCAGUCUCCAGAUCUCAACCCCAUAGAAAAUCUUUGGAGGGAGUUGAAAGUCUGUGUUGCCCAGCGACAGCCCCAAAACAUCACUGCUCUUGAGGAGAUCUGCAUGGAGGAAUGGACCAAAAAACCAGCAACAGUGUGUGAAAACCUUGUGAAGACUUACAGAAAACGUUUGACCUGUGUCAUUGCCACCAAAGGGUAUAUAACAAAGUAUUGAGAAACUUUUGUUAUUGACCAAAUACUUAUUUUCCACCAUAAUUUGCAAAUAAAUUCAUUAAAAAUCCUACAAUGUGAUUUUCUGGAGAAAAAAAUUCUCAUUUUGUCUGUCAUAGUUGACGUGUACCUAUGAUGAAAAUUACAGGCCUCUCUCAUCUUUUUAAGUGGGAGAACUUGCACAAUUGGUGGCUGACUAAAUACUUUUUUUCCCCACUGUACAUAUAUAUACACACAUACACACAUACAUAUACAUACAUACAUGCCCUCAGGCCCCUACUCCACUACCACAUAUCUACAACACAAAAUCCGUGUGUACGUGUGUGUAUAGUGUGUAUGUUAUCAUGUGUGUGUAUGCAUGUGUCUGUGCCUAUAUUUGUGCUGCUUCACAGUCCCCGCUGUUCCAUAAGGUGUAUUUUUAUGUUUUUAAAAUGUGUUUUUACUACUUGCAUCAGUUACCUGAUGUGGAACAGAGUUCCAUGUAGUCAUGGCUCUAUGUAGUACUGUGCGCCUCCCAUAGUCUGUUCUGGACUUGGAGGCUGUGAAGAGACCUCUGGUGGCAUGUCUUGUGGGGUACGCAUUGGUGUCUGAGCUGUGUGCUAGUCGUUUAAACAGACAGCUUGGUGCUUUCAACAUGCCAAUACCUCUCACAAAUACAAGUAGUGAUGAAGUCAAUCUCUCUUCCAGUUUGAGCCAGGAGAGAUUGACAUGCAUAUAAUUAUUUUUUUCUCUCUGUGUACAUCCAAGGGCCAGCCGUGCUACUCUGUUCUGAGCCAAUUGCAAUUUUGGCACCUGACCACAUGACUGAACAUUAGUCCAGGUGUGACAAAACUAGGGCCUGUAGGACCUGCCUUUUUGAUAGUGCUGUUAAGAAGGCAGAGCAGCACUUUAUUAUGGACAGACUUCUCUCAAUCCUAGCUACUGUUGUAUCAACAUGUUUUGACCAUGACAGUUUACAAUCCAGGGUUACUCCAAGCAGUUUAGUCACCUCAACUUGCUCAAUUUCCACAUUAUUUAUUACAUUUUACAUUAGAGUCAUUUAGCAGACGCUCUUAUCCAGAGCGACUUACAGUUAGUGCAUACAUUACUAACUUUUUUUUUCUUCAUACCCCCCCGUGGGAAUCGAACCCACAAACCUGGCGUUGCAAACGCCAUGCUCUACGAACUAAGCUACAUCCCCUGCCGGCCAUUCCCUACCCUACCCUAGACGACGCUGGGCCAAUUGUGCGCCGCCCCGUGGGUCUCCCGGUCGCAGCCGGCUACGACAGAGCCUGGAUACGAAAUACAAAUGAAGCCGGUGACUGAUGUGGUAAACUCCUCAACGCCAACUGUGCUAGCGAAACAGUCCUGUAGUUUAGCACCUGCUUCAUCGGACCACUUCCUUAUUGAGCGCGUCACUGGUACUUCCUGUUUGAGUUUUUGUUUGUAAGCAGGAAUCAGGAGUAUAGAGUUAUGGUCAGAUUUGCGAAAUUGCCAAAUGGAGAGCUUUGUAUGCACAUCUGUGUGUGGAGUAAAGCUGAUCUAGAGUUGUCUCCUCAAGUUGCAGAGGUGACAUACUGGUAGAAAUUAGAUAAGAUGGAGUUCAGUUUCCCAGCAAUAAAAUCACCGGCCACCGCCUCUGAAUGAGCUUUUAUUUGUUUGCUUAUGGCCUUAUACAGCUCCUUGAGUGAGGUCUUAGUGCCAGCAUCGGUUUGUGGUGGUAAAUAGACAGCUAUGAAAAAUAUAGAUAAAAACUCUUGGUAAAUAGUGUGGUCUAUAGCUUUUCAUUAGGUAUUCUAACUCAGGCGAGCACCUUGAGACUUGAAUAUUAGAGAUUGUGUACCAGCUGUUGUUAACAAAGAGACACACACCUCCCCCCUUGAGCUUACCCAAGGCUGCCGUUCGGUCCUGCUGAUGAGUAGAAAAACCAGUUAGAUGUAUAUUAUCCAUGUCCUUGUUCAGCCAUGACUCUGAGAAAUAUUACAGUUCUUCAGGUACCAUUGAUAGGAAUGGAGCUCAUCCAGUUUGUUCUCCAGUGAUUUGUAUGUUCGCCAAUAGAAAGGAGGGUAGAGGAGGUUUAUUUACUCGUCGGCGUAGUUUCGUCAGUGUGCCCACACGUCGGCCUCCCUUUUCCGAGUCUUGGGGAUUAGGGCCUGGUCCGGGGUUAGCAGUAUGUCCUGCAACGCUGACUCAUUGAAGUAGAAAUCUUCAUCCAAAUCGAGGUUAGUGUGUCCAGAAGCUCUUUUCGGUCAUAGAAAACGAUGGCGUAAACAUUAUGCACAAAACAGUUAAGAUCAGCGAGCAUUCCAUACAAAACAGUUAAGAUCAGCGAGCAUUCCAUACAAAACAGUUAAGAUCAGCGAGCAUUCCGUACUGUCACGCCCUGGCUCUGGGGACUCUUAUAUGUUGAGCCAGGGUGUGUAAGGUCUAUGUUUUGUGUUCUAUGUUCAGUUUCUAGUUCAUGUGUUUUCUAGGUUGGCCGGGGUGGUUCUCAAUCAGAGGCAACGAGAAUCAGCUGUUGCUUGUUGUCUCUGAUUGGGAACCAUACUUAGGCAGCCUGUUGUUCACUUGUGUUUUGUGGGAUCUUGUUCCGUGUUGGUUUGUGUUGUUAACCGAGGACUUCACGUUUCGUUUGGUUGUUUUGUAUUUUGUAUCGUGUUGCCAGUACACUAUUAAAAAGAUGUACGCAUAUCAUGCAGCGCCUUGGUCCAAUCAUUAUGACGAUCGUGACAGAAGAUCCCACCAAUACAGGACCAAGCAGCGUGUCCAGGAGCAAACGCCGGAGGUAACGUUAGUGGAUGUCCUCCUCGGUUGGGGGCAGAUCACGGAGGAGGAGGCCGUCCGUUACCGGAGGGCGAUGAAGGGGGAGACCCAGGCAGGAGAGGAGAAGCGGCGCCAACCGGGCCGUCGUCGGACAGGCGAGAGGCACCCCCAAUAAAAAAUGUUUGGGGGGCACACGGCAUGGACGACGGGGCUGCUGGAGGCAGAUAAAGGGUGAGUUUGUGGACGAGGAGAGAAGGCCACCAGGUUACGGGGGCCAUUGGUCAGUAGAGGGAAGGAGAGUGUAGAGGCACGGCGAGAGGUACUGAGGUGUGUUACCAGUCCGGUCCGGCCCGUUCCUGAUCCCCACACAAGGCCAGUGGUGUGUGUUCCCAGUACGGUCCGGCCUGUUCCUGUCCCUCGCACCAAGCCUGUGAUGCGCGUCGCCAGCCCGGCCUGUUCCUGCCCCUCGCACCAAGCCUGUGGUGCGCGUCGCCAGCCUGGCCCAGCCUGUUCCUGCCCCUCGCACCAAGCCAAUGGUGCGCGUCGCCAGCCCGGCCCGGCCUGUUCCUGCUCCCUGCACCAAGCCUGUGGUGCGCGUCGCCAGCCCGGCCCGGCCUGUUCCUGCCCCUCGCACCAAGCCAAUGGUGCGUGUCGCCAGCCCGGCCCGGCCUGUUCCUGUUCCCCGCACCAAGCCAAUGGUGCGCGUCGCCAGCCUGGCCCGGCCUGUUCCUGCUCCCUGCACCAAGCCUAUGGUGCGCGUCAGCCCGGUCCGGCCUGUUCCUGCUCCCCGCACCAAGCCAAUGGUGCGCGUCGUCAGCCCGGCCCGGCCUGUCCUGCUCCCCACACCAAGCCAGUGGUGCGCUUCGUCAGCCCGGUCCGGCCCAUUCCUGCUCCCCGCACCAAGCCAAUGGUGCACGUCGUCAGCCCGGCCCGGCCUGUUCCUGCUCCCCACACCAAGCCAGUGGUGCGCUUCGUCAGCCCGGUCCGGCCCAUUCCUGCUCCCCGCACCAAGCCUGUGGUGCGCGUCGCCAGCCCGGUCCGGCCCGUCCCUGCUCCCCGCACCAAGCCUGUGGUGCGCGUCGUCAGUCCGACACAGCCCGUGCCUGUUUCACCGGUGCCUGGUCAGGUACCGGUCAGCUGCUCCACACCGGAGCCUAAGCAAUCCGCUCCACCGAUUUCCAGUCCAGCUCCAGCCAGCGGGGCCAGACCAGACCAGGGGCGCUACGGGGGGGUUGUUAGAGGGUGGUGGUCACGCCCGGAGCCGGAUCCGCCUCCGAGGCGGAAUGCCCACCCGGCCCCUCCCCUGUUGGGUUUAUGUUGGCGCGGUCGCAGUCCGCGCCUUUAGGGGGGGGGGGUACUGUCACGCCCUGGCUCUGGGGACUCUUAUAUGUUGAGCCAGGGUGUGUAGGGUCUAUGUUUUGUGUUCUAUGUUCAGUUUCUAGUUCAUGUGUUUUCUAGGUUGGCCGGGGUGGUUCUCAAUCAGAGGCAACGAGAAUCAGCUGUUGCUUGUUGUCUCUGAUUGGGAACCAUACAUAGGCAGCCUGUUGUUCACUUGUGUUUUGUGGGAUCUUGUUCCGUGUUGGUUUGUGUUGUUAACCGAGGACUUCACGUUUCGUUUGGUUGUUUUGUAUUUUGUAUCGUGUUGCCAGUGCACUAUUAAAAAGAUGUACGCAUAUCACGCUGCGCCUUGGUCCAAUCAUUAUGACGAUCGUGACACAUACAAAACAGUUAAGAUAAGCGAGCAUUCCAUACAAAUCAGUUAAGAUCAGCGAGCAUUCCAUACAAAUCAGUUAAGAUCAGCGAUCAUUCCAUAAAAAACAGUUAAGAUCAGCAAGCAUUCCAUACAAAACAGUUAAGACCAUUCCAUUCCAUUCCAUGGCAAUAAAAUUUUAAUUUAGAACAAAGGCCAUGGAUCUAUUGGUGCCAACAUGGUGCCCAUGAACAUUCUGAUCUAAAACAGAGUUUGACAAACUCUGUAGCCUAUAUCUAUGGCACUGGGACAGACAACCAGCGCAUUUUAGUAGAUAGUAGAUAACCCAGCAAUUUAGUAGAUAAAAUCAAAAUGUGUGCUCGAUCCCUGCAGAAAUAUCAUUAAGUUUGCCGAUGACAGAACAGUGGUAGGCCUGAUCACCGACAACGACGAGACAGCCUAUAGGGAGGAGGCCAGAGACCUGGCCGUGUGGUGCCAGGACAACAACCUCUCCCUCAACGUGAUCAAGACAAAGGAGAUUAUUGUGGACUUCAGGAAAAAGAAGAGGACUGAGCACGCCCCCAUUCUCAUCGACGGGGCUGUAGUGGAGCAGGUUGAGAGCUUCAAGUUCCUUGGUGUCCACAUCACCAACAAACUAACAUGGUCCAAGCACACCAAGACAGUCGUGAAGAGGGCACGACAAAACCUAUUCCCCCUCAGGAGACUGAAAAGAUUUGGCAUGGGUCCUCAGAUCCUCCCUCCUCCAAGAUGGCGUAGUAGUGCAGUCCUGUUUUUGUCGUGUGUCUGUAAAUAGCCUGUAAAUACCCUGUUUUUUUGUAUUUUUCUUACAUAUUUCCCUAUCAGACUUUUCAUCCUUCUACAAAAUAUACUUUCCUGCAACCCGCCUCACUCAAUGUGGAACGGAUUCUAUUAUUGACUUACCUUUUAUCUAGAAUCUCCAGUUGAAACUAGCUAGCCAGCUAACUAGCUACUUGCUAUUAGCCACAGUUAGCGGUAUUUCACCCAGAACAUUGGAUUUUUCUGCCGGAAUAAUUUAAUCACUGGACAUUAAUCACUGGAUUGCAACUAGCUAGCCGCAACCGAAUGGAUGUUGCUGUUUGGCUAAUCACCACUGCCCCCGAUGCAAGCACCAGUUAGCCUCGAGCUAGCCUAGAGCCAGGCUCAUAUCCCGGCUAUCUACCUCUAGGUCUACCGGACGGGAGUAGCCAGCUAACUAGCUACUUGCUAUCAGCUACCGUUAGCGUUUUUUCACCAUUGUCCGUGGCCUGCACCACCUACCAGCCAGCUCUAGUCUGGACUAUUAUUCGGCCAGUCUGCACUGUCUACACAGCGCGUUAUCGACCCAGAACAUAUCAGUUUUUCUGCCGGAAUCACUGAAUCACUGGACCUUUAACUCCGGAUUCAUCGCUACCAGCUAGCUGCAACAAAAUGGACGUUGUGGUCUGGCUAAUCAUCCUGAGCUAGGCCCAUCUCCCGGCUAUCUACCUCUCUGUCAACCGGACGGGACCACCUAGUGUUGACACGGAGCCCCGCCGAUCCUACACGACUGGUCUGCUGACGAAAUCGUCUGAUGUGGUUACAACAGGCUUCCCGUUACGACGUCGACCACAAAGAUUCCAUCUGCUAGCCCCGGCCUUAUAUAGCUCCUUUAUAUAGCUAUAUAUAGCUCCUUAUAUAGCUCCUUUGUCCCACCCCCCAUACACACGGAGACCGACUCAAUUGGUGUCUUAAGUGAUGCUAUCUCUUUCAUUGUUACCCAACGCUUAGGUUUACCUCCACUUUACUCAUAUCCUUCCAUAUCCUUGUCUGUACAUAAUGCCCUGAAUCUUUUCUACAACGCCCAGAAAUCUGCCCCCUUUAUUCUAUGUACCCAACGCACUAGAAGACCAGUUCUUAAAGCCUUUAGCCGUAUCCUUAUUCUAGUCCUCCUCUGUUCCUCCGGUGAUGUAGAGGCUAACCCAGGCCCUGCAGCCCUCAGUAUCACUCCUACUCCCCAGGCGCUAUCAUUUGCUGACUUCUGUAAUCGCAAAAGCCUUGGUUUCUUGCAUGUAAAUAUCAGAAGUCUACUUCCUAAGUUUGAGUUAUUCACUGCGUUAGCACACUCCACCAACCCUGAUGUUCUAGCAGUGUCUGAAUCCUGGCUUAGGAAGGCCACCAAAAAUUCUGAAAUUUCCAUCCCCAACUAUAACAUUUUCCGUCUAGAUAGAACUGCCAAAGGGGGUGGAGUUGCAAUCUACUGUAGAGAUAGCCUGCAGAGCUCUAUCAUACUAUCCAGGUCUGUGCCCAAACAGUUUGAGCUUCUACUUCUAAAAAUCCACCUUUCCAGAAAUAAGUCUCUCACUGUUGCCGCUUGCUCCAGACCCCCCUCAGCCCCCAGCUGUGCCCUGGACACCAUAUGUGAAUUGAUUGCCCCCCAUUUAUCCUCAGAGUUCGUACUGCUUGGUGACCUAAAUUGGGAUAUGCUUAACACCCCGGCCAUCCUACAAUCCAAACUAGAUGCCCUCAAUCUCACACAAAUUAUCAACGAACCUACCAGGUACAACCCUAAAUCUGUAAACAUGGGUACCCUCAUAGAUAUCAUCCUGACUGACUUACCCUCUAAAUACACCUCCGCUGUCUUCAACCAGGAUCUCAGCGAUCACUGCCUUAUUGCCUGCGUCCGUAACGAGUCCGCGGUCAAACGACCACCCCUCAUCACUGUCAAACGCUCCCUAAAACACUUUAGCGAGCAUGCCUUCCUAAUUGACCUGGCCCAGGUAUCCUGGAUGGAUAUAGAUCUCAUUCCGUCAGUACAGGAUGCCUGGUUGUUCUUUAAAAGUUAUUUCCUCUCAAUCUUAAAUAAACAUGCCCCAUUCAAAAAAUACAGAACUAAGAACAGAUGUAGCCCCUGGUUCUCCUCAGACUUGACUGCCCUUGACCAGCACAAAAACAUCCUGUGGCGUACUGCAUUAGCAUCAAAUAGCCCCCGCGAUAUGCAACUUUUCAGGGAAGUUAGGAACCAAUAUACACAAGCAGUCAGGAAAGCAAAGGCUAACUUUUUCAAACAGAAAUUUGCAUCCUGUAGCACUAACUCCAAAAAGUUUUGGGACACUGUAAAGUCCAUGGAGAAUAAGAGCACUUCCUCCCAGCUGCCCACUGCACUGAGGCUAGGAAACACUAUCACCACCGAUAAAUCUACAAUAAUCGAGAAUUUCAAGAACCAUUUUGCUAUGGCUGGCCAUGCUUUCCACCUGGCUACCACUAUCCCGGCCACCAACUCUGCACCCUCCGCUGCAACUUGCCCAUGCCCCCCCCCCGCUUCUCCUUUACACAAAUUCAGACAGCUGAUGUUCUGAAAGAGCUGCAAAAUCUGGACCCCUACAAAUCAGCUGGGCUUGACAAUCUGGACCCUUUCUUUCUAAAACUAGCCACCGAAAUUGUCGCAACCCCUAUUACUAGCCUGUUCAACCUCUCUUUCGUAACGUCUGAGAUCCCCAGAGAUUGGAAAGCUGCCGCAGUCAUCCCCCUCUUCAAAGGGGGUGACACUCUAGAUCCAAACUGUUACAGACCUAUAUCCAUCCUGCCCUGCCUUUCGAAAGAAUUUGAAAGCCAAGUUAACAAACAGAUUACCGACCAUUUCGAAUCCCACCGUACCUUCUCCACUAUGCAAUCCGGUUUCCGAGCUGGUCAUGGGUGCACUUAAACACAUCAACAAGGUAGCCUAUACAUUUCUUAUUCGUAAUAGUAGACAAUUAAAAAACACCAAAGGCAACACGUCUAUGAUCACCUGUCCAGAUGUAAUACCAAGUGUGUAUCUAUGUGUUACCAGGUGUACUCCACAUGCAAUACCAGGUGUGUGUUUCUCUCUCAGGUGUAUUCUACGGUCUACUCCAUCUGUCCAGGUGUAAUACCAGGUUACUGUCUCUCUCAGGUGUAUUCUACAUUCUGUCUGUAACCAGGUGUAUCUAUGUGUUACCAGGAGUAUUCUACUGUCUGUCUGUAACCAGGUGUAUCUAUGUGUUACCAGGUGUAUUCUACGGUGUAAUACCAGGUGUAUAUACAGCACCAGUCAAAAGUUUGGACACACCUACUCAUUCCAGGGUUUUUCUUUAUUUGUGCUAUUUUUUACAUUGUAGAAUAAUAGUGAAGACAUCAAAACUAUGAAAUAACACAUAUGGAAUCAUGUAGUAACCAAAAUAUAUUUUAGAUUUUAGAUUCUUCAAAGUAGCCACCCUUUGCCUUGAUGACAGCUUUGCACACUGUUGGCAUUCUCUUAACCAGCUUCAUUAGGUAGUCACCUGGAAUGCAUUUCAAUUAACAGGUGUGCCUUGUUAAAAGUUAAUUUUAUGGAAUUUCUUUCCUUCUUAAUGCGUUUGAGCUAAUCAGUUGUGUUGUGACAAGGUAGGGUUGGUAUACAGAAGAUAGAUGUAUUUGGAAAAAGACCAAGUCCAUAUUAUGGCAAGAACAGCUCAAAUAAGCGAAGAGAAACGACAGUCCAUGAUUACUUUAAGACAUGAAGGUCAGUCAAUCCAGAAGAAUUCAAGAACUUUGACAUUUUCUUCAAGUGCAGUCGCAAAGACUAUCAAGCGCUAUGAUGAAACUGGCUCUCAUGAGGACCACCACAGGAAAGGAAGACCCAGAGUUACCUCUGCUGCAGAGGAUAAGUUCAUCAGAGUUAACUGCACCUCAGUUGCAGCCCAAAUAUAUUAUUCACAGUUCAAGUAACAGACACAUCUCAACAUCAACUGUUCAGAGGAGACUGCAUGAAUCAGGCCUUCCUUUUUAUUUUUGUCAUUUAGCAGACGCCCUUAUCCAGAGCGAUUUACAGGAGCAAUUAGGGUUAAGUGCCUUGCUCAAGGGCACAUCGACAGAUUUUUCACCUAGUCAGCUCAGGGAUUAGAACCAGCGACCUUUCAGUUACUGGCACAAUGCUCUUAACCAGUAAGCUACCUGCCGCCCUUCAUGGUCGAAUUGCUGCAAAGAAACCACUACUAAAGGACACCAAUAAUAAGAAGAGACUUGCUUGGGCCAAGAAACAUGAGCAAUGGACAUUAGACCGGUGGAAAUCUGUCCUUUUUUUUGGUUCCAACCGCCGUGUCUUUGUGAGACGCAGAGUAGGUGAACGGAUGAUCUCCGCAUGUGUGGUUCCCACCGUGAAGCAUGGAGGAGGAGGUGUGAUGGUGUGCAGGUGCUUUGCUGGUGACACUGUAUGUGAUUGAUUUAGAAUUCAAGGCACACUUAACCAGCAUGGCUACCACAGUAUCCCAUCUGGUUUGGGUUUAGUGGGACUAUCAUUUGUUUUUCAACAGGAACAAUGACCCAAAACAUACCUCCAGGCUGUGUAAGGGCUAUCUGACCAAGAAGGAGAGUGAUGGAGUGCUGCAUCAGUUGACCUGCAUUCCUCAUGAAGCUGGUUGAGAGAAUGCUAAGAGUGUGCAAAGCUGUCAUCAAGGCAAAGGGUGGCUACUUUGAAUAAUCUCAAAUAUAAAAUAAAUGUUGAUUUGUUUAACACUUUUUUGGUUACUACAUGAUUCCAUAUGUGUUAUUUCAUAGUUUUGAUGUCUUCAGUAUUAUUCUACAAUGUAGAAAAUAGUAAAAAAUAAAGAAAAACCCUUGAAUGAGUAGGUGUGUCCAAACUUUUGACUGGUACCAUAUGUUACCAGGUGUAUUCUACUGUCUGUCGGAAACCAGGUCUAUCUAUGUUAUCCAGCAGCAUCCCACCCUGCAUCCCACUGCUGGCUUGCCUCUGAAGCUAAGCAGUAUUGGUCCUGGUCGGUCCCUAGAUGGGAGACCAGAUGCUGCUGGAAGUGGUGUUGGAGGGCCAGUAGGAGGUCCCUGGAUGGGAGACCAGAUGCUGAUGGAAGUGGUGUUGGAGGGCCAGUAGGAGGUCCCUGGAUGGGAGACCAGAUGCUGCUGGAAGUGGUGUUGGUGAGCCAGUAGGAGGCACUCUUUCCUCUGGUCUAAAAUAAAAUAUCCCAAUGCCCCAGGGCAGUGAUUGGGGACAUUGCCCUGUGUAGGGUGAUGUCUUUCAGAUGGGAUGUUAAAAGGGUGUCCUGACUCUCUGUGUUCACUAAACAUCCCAUGGCACUUAUCGUAAGAGUAGGGGUGUUAACCCCGGUGUCCUGGCUAAAUUCUCUAUUUAGUCCUCAUACCAUCAUGGCCACCUAAUCAUCCCCAGCUUCCAAUUGGCUCAUUCAUCCCCUGUAACUAUUCCCCAGGUUGUUGCUGUAAAUGAGAAUGUGUACUCAAUCAACUUACCUGGUAAAAUAAGGGUAAAUAAAUAUGUAACCAGGUGUAUCUACUGUAUGUGUAUUCUACUGUCUGUAACCAGGUGUAUUCUACUGUCUGUCUGUAACAAGGUGUAUCUAAGUGUAUUAUACUGUCUAUAACCAAAUCAAAUCAUCCUAACCAGGUGUAUCUUUGUGUUACAAGGUGUAUUCUACUGUCUGUCUGUAAUCAGAUGCAUCUAUGUGUUAACAGGUGCAUUCUACUGUCUGUUACCAGGUGUUUCUGUCUCUCCAGGUGUACUCUGCUGUCUGUUACCAGGUGUUUCUGUCUCUCCAGGUGUACUCUGCUGUCUGUUACCAGGUGUUUCUGUCUCUCCAGGUGUACUCUACUGUCUGUUACCAGGUGUUUCUGUCUCUCCAGGUGUACUCUACUGUCUGUUACCAGGUGUUUCUGUCUCUCCAGGUGUACUCUACUGUCUGUUACCAGGUGUUUCUGUCUCUCCAGGUGUACUCUACUGUCUGUUACCAGGUGUUUCUGUCUCUCCAGGUGUACUCUACUGUCUGUUACCAGGUGUUUCUGUCUCUCCAGGUGUACUCUACUGUCUGUUACCAGGUGUUUCUGUCUCUCCAGGUGUACUCUACUGUCUGUUACCAGGUGUUUCUGUCUCUCCAGGUGUACUCUACUGUCUGUUACCAGGUGUUUCUGUCUCUCCAGGUGUACUCUACUGUCUGUUACCAGGUGUUUCUGUCUCUCCAGGUGUACUCUACUGUCUGUUACCAGGUGUUUCUGUCUCUCCAGGUGUACUCUGCUGUCUGUUACCAGGUGUUUCUGUCUCUCCAGGUGUACUCUACUGUCUGUUACCAGGUGUUUCUGUCUCUCCAGGUGUACUCUACUGUCUGUUACCAGGUGUUUCUGUCUCUCCAGGUGUACUCUACUGUCUGUUACCAGGUGUUUCUGUCUCUCCAGGUGUACUCUACUGUCUGUUACCAGGUGUUUCUGUCUCUCCAGGUGUACUCUGCUGUCUGUUACCAGGUGUUUCUGUCUCUCCAGGUGUACUCUACUGUCUGUUACCAGGUGUUUCUGUCUCUCCAGGUGUACUCUACUGUCUGUUACCAGGUGUUUCUGUCUCUCCAGGUGUACUCUACUGUCUGUUACCAGGUGUUUCUGUCUCUCCAGGUGUACUCUGCUGUCUGUUACCAGGUGUUUCUGUCUCUCCAGGUGUACUCUGCUGUCUGUUACCAGGUGUUUCUGUCUCUCCAGGUGUACUCUACUGUCUGUUACCAGGUGUUUCUGUCUCUCCAGGUGUACUCUGCUGUCUGUUACCAGGUGUUUCUGUCUCUCCAGGUGUACUCUACUGUCUGUUACCAGGUGUUUCUGUCUCUCCAGGUGUACUCUACUGUCUGUUACCAGGUGUUUCUGUCUCUCCAGGUGUACUCUACUGUGUACUCUAUCAUCACGGUGUUCGGCCUGGCCGGUAACGGUUUCGCUCUGCUGGUUCUGGUCAAAACGUUCCGGCAGCGUUCUGCGUUCCAUGUCUACAUGUUGAACUUGGCCGUGUCCGACCUGCUGUGUGUCUCUACGCUGCCACUACGGGUCCUCUACUACGUUAAUAAGGUAGUAAUGACUGGGGGGGGUUGUGCAUAGUAAUGGCUAUUUCUACUUCUUGUUUUCGGAGGGGGGGGGGGUUGUGCUCUGUCACAGCAUUUUGGCCGAAUUCAAUCAAAGGUGAGUUGUCGACAAGCGCAUUUCACUUGACUUUUAUAGGUAAUUUACGUCGGGGGAAAAUGCCUUUAAAAGGCACAUUGUCGACAACGCACCUUUGAAUGAAUCCCGGGCUUUGAGAUGCUAUUAAAAUAGAUUAUUGUUGAUGUUGAUCCUCUCCCUCAGGGUCAGUGGAACCUGGGAGACUUCCUGUGCAGGGUUUCAUCCUAUGCCCUCUACGUGAACCUCUACUGCAGCGUGUUCUUCAUGACCGCCAUGUCCGUCACGCGCUUCCUCGCCAUCGUGUUCCCCGUGCAGAACCUGCGCCUGGUCUCAGAGCGCCGCGCCCGUCUGGUGUGUGUCUGUAUCUGGGUGUUCAUCUGCACUGUGUCCUCCCCCUUCCUCAUGACUGGUCAACACCUCCACCCAGCAACCAAUAAGACCAAGUGCUUCGAGCCUCCAGAGCGCAGCACAGGGGGCGGGCUUAACAAGCUCAUCAUGCUCAACUACUUCUCAUUGGCCGUGGGCUUCGUACUUCCUUUCCUGGUCAUCCUGCUGUGCUACGCCGGGAUCAUCCGGGCCCUGCUGUCACGGCAACACGCUGCGCAGCGCCAGAAGGGGGCGGGGUCUAAGGCUAUCAGAAUGAUUGUCAUAGUGAUGCUGGCAUUCCUGCUGUGCUUCAUGCCGUACCACAUCCAGCGCUCCAUCCACCUCAGCUUCCUGUCCCAGACUGCCACUUCCUGUUCGGAGCUGGUGUACAUGCAGAAGAGUGUGGUGGUGACGCUCUGUCUAGCUGCCUCCAACUCCUGCUUCGACCCGCUGCUCUACUUCUUCUCUGGAGAGGGCUUCAGACGACGCCUGUCAACCUUCAGGUCCACUAGCAAGACACAGAGACAACCGGCCGCAGAGACAGGGGGCACAGCCACCGCUAGGGAGGGGAACAUGCUAUGAGAGAGAGAGAGAGAAAGAGAGAGAUAUGCACAUAAGCCUAAGAUCACCAUGCGCAAUGCCAAGCGCUGUUUUUCAUGGUUCGGGCUAGUCCCCUUAGUUCCAGUGAAGGGAAAUCUUAAGAGAUAGGCAGGUAGCGUUCUCCUGGCAUUCGCCAAACCCAGAUUCGUCCGUCGGACAGCCAGAUGGUUAAGUGUGAUUUCUUGUGCCUACCUAGGUCAAAGUCUAGACGGCAGAUUAAAACGAGACUAUAACAUCCAUGAAGUGACCAUUGGACUUAUAAAAUGCCUGAUUGACUAAGUUUGUAGGUGCAACAGUUUUUGUUAAAUAUAUAAUUUAUCGGUUUCAUGUGCACAUUUCCCUCCUUUAAGAAACAAUGAUGUGCUACCUUUUUGUAGCAUUUCUGACAAUGCUAACAUACAUUUUAGCUGAAACUCUGAGUCAUGGUGGUCCUCUGUAGCUCAAUUGGUAGAGCAUGGCGCUUGUAACGCCAGGGUAGUGAGUUCGAUCUCUGUGACCACCCAUAGAUAAAAAUGUAUGCACACAUGACUGUAAGUCGCUUUGGAUAAAAGCGUCUGCUAAAUGGCAUUUAAUUUAAUAAUUAAUUCUAACACUGGGUUGGUUGCUUGGCAACAACACAGCUGCUUGCACCAUGCUGCCAGUCAGAAGAAGUGUAUGGAACAAACCUAGGCUACUGUAUAUAGCUAGCUAGCUACAAUACCACCAUAUAGCUGAGGUUAAUCAAUAAAUGCAAACAGAUAUUUUGAUUAGCUAGGUAGCUAAAUAGCUAAUGUUACCUAGCUAACAUUAGCUUGCUUGUAUAAAGUCCAGCAGCUAGCCUCUGUAGCUAGCUAACACCAUUCAGCUGAAAGCUAGCUAGCUAACACCAGUCAGCUGAAAGCUAGCUAGCUAACAAAGAGGCAAACAAAUGUAAUGGUAGCUAACGCACUUUUGUACAUCGCGCUGUUCUGUACAUUACGCUGUUCCGUACAUUUGACAAUUAUUUUAGCAACCCCAAAAACGUAAUACUUCCAGGUCAACUGUAAUAUGAAUACCAUUGUAAAGCACAAUUUCUCCCCUUCCCAGCAAAAUCAAUAAUGAGACCUUCAUGCUGCCCGUCUCUGCAUGAUUGAAGAAAGCAAUGGAGCUCUGCCGGUUCUUUUUAUAAAUGGCGUGUGGGGAAGCGAAAGCUACUGCGUCAUAGUGAAAGGGGAGAUAUGUCGUGUGGGGAAGGGAAAGCCGAUUUUUCACCCGAUUUGUCCAACUUAUCACCUCUAAAAUUUAAAUAAAACACUGUAAAGAGUUUAUAUAAUGUCUCAUUACAUACCUAUUUGAAGGUUUGUGUCGAAUUUGAAUAGGGUUUUAAGGGCGGCGCUAAAUUUAUCUUCACAAUUAAACUGUGGGUGUCACGGUUUUUGAGAGUCAUGAUUGCUAGCAGUGAUUACGCAGAAAAUGUACAAUUGAUUGAAUUAACUAUUAAUGAACUCACGAGUAAUUAACUUUACACUCACCAUUGAUCAUUUCUUGUUUUUAAUCUGAAAGAAAAGCGCUCCACCUGGUGGAUAGAGGCUGUAUGGCACAGAAUGAGUUGAAUAAUGCCUGCUAUACAUUACGUCGUGACGUCACACUUUAACGUACAGCAUCAGCGGGGUCAGUUUUUUCAACUUUUCUCCAAUACUAUUGGUCCAUUACCAUGUCAAUCAACGCUGAAUUGAAACUUAGUUCACACCCCGGAUUUUGAUGCCAACACAGUCGCUACAGUCCCAUUAGUUUUCAUUGCAGCUUCGUUUGAAUGCCAAGGUUGCCCACAUGUGUGCAGAACGGAGUUAACUAACGUUAGCUAGCCAAUUAAUGUGAUUUUGUUUUCAUUAGCUAGGUAGCUAGCUAACAUAACAGUAUACCAGUCAGGUGAAAGCUAACAUUGGCUAGGUAGCUAACCAACAAGCAAGGAAAGCUAGCUAGCUAGCUAGCUAGCUAUAUUUUGCCAAGAAAGGUUUUUCACAUAAGGCUGAAAUCAUCAUGUGUAAACUGCUGAUCUAGACACAAACAAAGAUGCACAAAUAAACUAGCUAAUGUCCUUGGCUGCUAUGAUAGCCAAUUCACUUUAGCUAGCUAAGUAACCUUAGCCAACGUAAGACAUAACGUUAGCUAACGUGUAUGGCCAGUUCCUGCACGGCAAUAUAUCGUACUUUCUUGCACAAAACAUAACUAGUUAGUUCAUGUUAGUUACGUUAAGUUGAAAACCACCGAACUUUGGGAAACUGCCAUGACCAUCAUGUUUAUUUGCAUUGCACUGAUCAAUCUACAGUAACGUUAAGACAAGAUAGGCAGAUUUCAGAUAGGACAAACAUUGCAGUUAGCUACAUUUCCUCGACUAAGAAGAACCAAGACCACAACACAAACCGAGAAAACAAAUUGCUUUGUUAAGAUAUAAUAAGUUAUCGAUGUUGAACCGCUUAUAGUUAAUGGUUGAACCCCAAACGCACAUGUAAACAGAACCUCAGUUGUGCAUGCUGACCAGACUGACAACAUUGCUGUUUCAAAAAUGUGUUGAAUAAAUGCCAUACGAAUUGUAAUUCAUAACAUGUCAUGCGAAAUGGAUGAUGGACGUCCACAAAUUAAUACAUACCAUAUGAAAUGUAACUAAAUUGAGUGAAUAAUACUAUAUAACAAUAAUACGAAAUGCUAUGAGAUCAGGUUGCAACCCGCAGCAGCGUGCAGUCAAAAGAAAGAAAAAUGCUUGUUAACUUUGUUAUUAAAACAAAUAAACAGUUUUAGUUGUAUUUUAACCAAGCAAGAUAAAUAAACGUGCAAUCACUACUGAGUGAAUGAGCAAAAUCAUUUUGGAACGAACACUUCCAGACAUUUAAAUGGUCUGUCGAAGUCAAUGUGUUAAGAACAGGGUUCAUAGUGUGAUGGUUAGAGUUACCACUUGUGGAUCAGAACAUUGUGGGUUUGCCUCCCGGAGGAGGUAUUUUGACCAUUCUUUCAUUUAUAGUUUUGACAACCCCCUCCCUCCUGACACUGACACACACACACACACACACACACACACACACACACACACACACACACACACACACACACACACACACACACACACACACACACACACUCACACACACACACACACACACACACACACACACACACACACACACACACACACUUAUUGUAAUUUAUUAGGUGGCUCUUAAAAGAGCCUUUUGGGUUCGUGGAGGGGCAGGCAAGUGGCAGUGAGUGUGGUGGUGGUGUGUACUACUGCAUCUGUCUUGCUAGAACAGAGGAUAGAUCAGCUCUCAGACUCUCAAGGAAGAGGUUGUUGCCCUCAUCCGUGAGAUGCAAGCUUUGAUUAUUCAAAUCAGCUGUGUAGUACUAGUGCAAAAACCAAAACAUGCACCCAGGGGGUGCCCCAGGACAGAGUUUGGAUUGCGCGCAUGCGCCUGACACAGAGAAAUGCAAACACCAGCUGGUUGACAGAGCGCCUGGCCAUCUCUAUGGGCUUGUUGAUGUCCUCCUCCCACUGGAACAUCCAACUCCUCCACUGUGUGAUGUCAGAGUAGGCCACCAUUGUCCUGGGGAACAUUUUGAUGACUACCUCCAAAUCAGCUCUCAUCUGACGCACCAGGGCUGUCCCUUUUGUGUGGCCCAAGUUGUUUCCACCGAGUUGGAUGAAUAUGAUAUAUUCACGGUCACAUUUUGCCUUGGCGAGAGAGAAUAUUUCAGAACCCUUCCAUUGAGAACAGCUCCUCCAUAUUUCACGCUCCUGUAGUCAUCUAGCCAGCUACAUUGUGUAAUAUCUCCUGUAGUCAUCUAGCCAGCUACAUUGUGUAAUCUCUCCUGUAGUCAUCUAGCCAGCUACAUUGAGUUUCCUUGCUCUUGCCAAUUUGCUUUGAGCAAUGAUCAGUAGGAUUAUGAGCUGGGAUCUUAUCAAUAAAUAAAAUCAAUAAAACGCAUGACAUUGUGACAUUGUGAGGAGAGCAUCUGUUAUGUUGUACUAUAAUGUUGUUUAAUAAUGUUGCAUAAUCACCUUCCGGUGUAAAAAUCCAUAGAAAUUAAAAGCAAAAAACUAUGUUUUAAGUGAGAAUAGUCUGAAGCCGAAAAUGAAAGGAAAUUCACAUGAGCUCCCCAACGCCUCCUCCACCCAUGCUCCACCAAGGUAUUAACCCUAACCCUAACCCUAACCCCAAUGCCUCCUCCACCCAUGCUCCACCAAGGUAUUAACCCUAACCCUAACCCUAAACCUAACCCUAACCCUAACCCCAACGCCUCUUCCACCCAUGCUCCACCAAGGUAUUAACCCUAACCCUAACCCUAACCCUAACCCUAACCCUAACCACAAUGCCUCCUCCACCCAUGCUCUACCAAGGUAUUAACCCUAACCCUAACCCCAAUGCCUCCUCCACCCAUGCUCCACCAAGGUAUUAACCCUAACCCUAACCACAAUGCCUCCUCCACCCAUGCUCUACCAAGGUAUUAACCCUAACCCUAACCCUAACCCUAACCCCAAUGCCUCCUCCACCCAUGCUCCACCAAGGUAUUAACCCUAACCCUAACCCUAACCACAAUGCCUCCUCCAGCCAUGCUCUACCAAGGUAUUAACCCUAACCCUAACCCUAACCACAAUGCCUCCUCCACCCAUGCUCUACCAAGGUAUUAACCCUAACCCUAACCACAAUGCCUCCUCCACCCAUGCUCCACCAAGGUAUUCCAGUGCUCAUUCAAAACAUCUCAAACAGCCUAUUUCAUACUCUUCAGAGGGAUAAUGGGCUUUACAGUAUUUAUUUAAACAAGUAAUUUUUUUCAUUUCACUUCACCAAUUUUGACUAUUUUGUGUAUGUCCAUUACAUGAAAUCCAAAUAAAAAUCAAUUUAAAUUACAGGUUGUAAUGCAACAAAAUGGGAAAAACGCCAAGGGGGAUGAAUACUUUGACAUUUAGAUUUAUUUACAUUUACAUCAUUUAGCAGACGCUCUUAUCCAGUGCUACUUACAAAUUGGUGCAUUCAACUUAUGAUAGCCAGUGGGACAACCACUUUCUUUUUUUUAUGGGGGGGGGGGUACAAGGAUUACUUUAUACUAUUCCAGGUAUUCCUUAAAGAGGUAGGGUUUCAAGUGUCUCCGGAAGGUGGUCAGUGACUCCGCUGUCCUUGUGUCGUGGGGGAGCUUGUUCCACCAUUGGGGUGCCAGAGCAGCAAAUAGCUUUGACUAUUUGCAAGGCACUGUAUAUAUAUAUAUAUAUGAAUGCCACGAUGCCAGUCUGCCUGCUUUAUAUUGGUGUAUGUGUGUGUUCUGAUGAGAUGUAUUUGUUGUUGUACAGUGUCUUAUACCAGUAUGUGAAUAAAGGUUCAGCUGAACUGUCUUGUAACUAUCAUCAUAUGAAUGGUUGGGGGACACCUAGUGGCCAGCAUAUGACACUGCAUGUAACAACCACUAACUCAUAGUAGUCUACAGUCUACAGUCAAAUAAAAUGUUGUUGGUCACAUACACGUGUUUAGCAGAUGUUAUUGCUGGUGUAGCGAAAUGCUUGUGUUUCUAGCUCCGACAGUGCAGUAAUAUCUAACAAGUAAUAUCUAACAAUUUCACAACAUAUACCCAAUACACACAAAUCUAAGUAAAGCAAUGGAAUUAAGAAUAUAUAAAUAAAUAUAUACACAGCAGUCAGUCAGCAUAUUGCUGGUACAUGUUUCCUAUAAUUAAUAUCCUAGAAGUAUUUAAUUCCCUCAGUGGUCAGAGAACAGAGAACUUUGUGAGGACAGCAGAAUGGGUCAGAGGUCAUGGUGAGGACAGCAGAAUGGGUCAGAGGUCAUUGUGA